GCGUUCUGGCUGACGGCGAAAACCGCCCAGAGGAAGCAGAGGAAAUGUAGGAGCGCCGCGGCCCGCUGGCCCCGCAGCGGCACAGCCAUUGUGGCUCAGCCAGCGCUACGCCGGGCGAGGGGACUCGUAUGGAUGUGGUGGAGAAGCGGCAGCGGCUGCCCAUUCGCCCGCGCUGGCUGGAAUGGCGGGUCCGGGCCGCAGCCCCUCGAGGCCGAGGCGCCACCAACGGCGGCCGCUCGCGCCGAUGGUGCCCACUGCGCAGGCGCUGCAGGAGGUCGUCGGCGCUCAGCCGCCCGCCGCCAUCUUUUGGCGCCUUUCUGCCUCGACGGAGGGGAGCCGGGCUGGCUCCUCGCGACGCCUCCUCACCUCACAGAGGGUGGACCGUACCAUGUCAGCGACUGCUCUGUCUUUUUGCCUGUUUAUGUUUGGGUGGGGGUAGUGGUAACACAGUGAGGUGGUCAGGGCCGCCCCCCUCCUCCUUCGCCCCGUUUUUUCUUCGAGAAACCUUCAUGGCAGGUAGGCAGUCAAAACACUUGAUCCGUGGCAGGGGUUGACCUGGGUUUCCCGCUGUGACAGCGCUUCUCGGAUCCUCGCCCCCGCCCCCAAAUUGGAAAUGGUCCUGACCUCGCCUAGAUGCUGUGGGCGGGGCUUGGGCUGUGACGAGGGUGGGCGCGUCGUCAUUUGAACCCUGUUUGACAGCUGCAGGGAAGGAUGGGUUGCUCACGCCAGAAGCUGUCAGUGCAAGGUACCCCUGCUGAAAUCGCCUUUUAAUUUUUUUUUAUUUUAAACACAGCUAAUAAGUGCCCUCCUUUUUUCCACUUGGACCACGCUACCUCCUAAAGAGUUCUAGAACCUUUCGUCAUAAGAAGUUUGUUUAAUAAAGUUUCUAUACCAGUUUGAUUGUAGGAAAAAAAUCUCAAAGCUGUUUCCAGAAAAAGAUAGCAAAACAAUAACAUGACCACUAAAAUUUUUACAACUGUAAUUUUAAAACAUACAGAAGGUUAAAACCACAAUAAAAUAGACUUGAGUUUUAUCUUGGUUCAGUAUAUCUGCAGAAGACCCAGAGGGUAUCUCAUUGCUGAACAUGCUUUCACCUGUCCUGUCCCCAGCACCAAAUUUGGCAGCAGUUUCUAAUCAAGUUUGAGAUGCACAUGGCUUUAAAUACCACUUAUCAACCAUAGAUUUUUAAAAAGUGCUUUUGUAAUCUGCAUUUUUCCUCAGAAGUGGGAUGGGCUUCAUUUGUUUUCUUAAAUAUUCCAUUUUGUAUUUAGCAUAUAAACUGAAUGUAUUCACUUCCACAAGCCUUAUUUAUAACACUUGUAUCCUAUCACUAUUAAGUAUAACUGAAGGCAGUGUAGGAUGAUACACUAGGACGAUCCUUCAUCCAAGCAUUGAUUAGACCCACUGAUUUAGGUGACUUGAAAAGGGAAUUAGACAAAUUCAUGAAGGAUGACAGGCAUUAUCAAUUAGCAUUAUUCCAAACCUCCGGUUAUUAGUGCAAUGACCUAAAGGAUGAGCAGUUGCUGCCUGUGAUAAUCCUAUGCUAUUGAAGGUGGACAGGUGGGUUGCACUGCCUGCUGAUUAAAAUGAGUGUGUUAUGCUGGACAAGGCCUUAAACAGAGCUUGUUCCAAGCCUUGGCUGAAAUCUCAUGAUGGUUGGGAGCCUUUUCCAGUUUGUAAGAAAGAGACAGACACUGAUUUCCGCAGUUUUUUGUAAAGAAGCCCUAGCUAUCCUGUCCCACAGUUUAGUAUUAGAUCCCACCUUUCAAAAUAAUGUCUAAUAACUUGUCAGCAAUCUGUAAAAAUAAUGUUCAUAGCAGUAUAAUUUUUUCUAAAUAAUGGCUUACAUGUUAGGGGUUAUAAGAACCAAAAUAGCUAAAACUCUUCACACACAAUUGUUUUGAUUUAAAACGAAAACAAUUAGUUUUUAAUUCAGUGGUGUAAAUGUUCAAGUAUCUGUCUAAUCCAAGCCUCUGCAUAAGUGAUGCUUGCUGGAAAUGGACUAACUUUGCAAAAUAGCUGUUAACAGGUUCUGUUACUUUGAUGCUGUUCUUCACAUACAGUUAUGAUUUAUUUAACUGUGAUCUCAAGUAUCUGGGUAUAUUUGUACUUUAAAUAAUUAUCUGUUGUGUUUAAGUCAGAAAAAAGUGAUGUGUACAAUAAUGCUGACCUCAGAACAAUAGAUAUACAAGACUUGUCAGCAUUCUUCACUAAAGGACCAUCAUUCAUAAAUUUGAAAAUAUGGAAGAACUGAAAGUGUGGGUAGGUGAUGGGAACCAUACAGUCCCUUUGGCUACCAUGCUGCUUGUCUCUCUUGUUUAAUGUAUAGCUUUUUAUAAGAAACAAUAUAUAACUUGUAAAGAAGUAACGAAAGGUGGAUUUGUUUUAUUUGUCUAAUUCAAAUGAUAUUUGCAUUAUCCAACAGGGUAUCAUGAGCUUUAAUUUAAACUUCUGGGGAUAACUAGAUUUUUACUUUAUAUUAAAUCUUGAGUCUUGUUAUUUAACUACUAAUUUUUGCUCUAUCUGAACAUUCUUGGUGUUAGGUUUUCAUCUUAAAAAAUAUACAUGGGCUUGUAUCUAUAUGCAGGAGCUGCUAACAUGCUGUGAUGCAAGUCAGUGUACCGUGUCUUCCAGAUACAUGUAUUUUGUAUGAAACCAUCAAGCAUUAAUAAUCUCUUGAUAUGGCUUCUUUUUUCUUCUCAUGACCCGUUCCUUUUUCCAAAUAUUGUUACGGUAAGCAGAUUACCUAAUUGAUUUCUUACUGAUAAAAGAAAUAUGCCACAUAACAACCGCACACUAGAGGGUGCUAAAUAGUAAUGCAGAAUUGGUUUCCGUGGUGACAGACAUAAACUUUUGUGAAAGUCAAUCUUAACUAGUGUUCUUGUAUAACUGACUAUGUGCUGAUGAGUAAUCCAUUGCAUUUUUGUACAUAUUUAUGGUGCACUCUGACUGAACUUCCAGAAAUGUUUAUCUUUCUGAGAUUUUUCAUACUUUAACUAUACCCAACUACAGUGGUACCUCACAAGACGAAUGCCUCACAAGACGAAAAACUUGCAAGACGAAAGAGUUUUUCAUUUUUUGAGUUGCUUCGCAAGACGAAUUUCCCUAUGGGCUUGCUUCACAAGACGAAAACGUCUUGCGAGUUUGUUUCCUUUUUCUUAAAACCGUUAAUACCGUUAAAACCGUGCUUCGCAAGACGAAAAAACUCGCAGAACGAAUUAAUUUCGUCUUGCGAGGCACCACUGUAUUGCAAAGCUGAUGGUAUAAUACCUGCCUUGAGCAUUACGCAUAAUGUAAUUCUCCUAUUUAAAAUUAUUUUAAGAUUUUACUAAUGGAGUGAGUCAAUUACCAAAUUACACAAGUGUAUUUCUGCUGCUGUCAAUAUGACAAAUACACCAAUGUAGCUGCCACUGAGUCUUACUAGACUUGUUAGUACUAUGUUACCCAAAUUUCUUACAUUUAAGUUGAUUUGUGUUGUUGCAUUCCCAACUCACAUUAGCCCCAGCCAGCAUAGCCAAUGAGCAGAGAUAAUGAAAGUUUUAGUCAACCAUAUUGGUUACCCUUGCUGUGUAAGCCUGCUAAGGAAGCAUCAUAGCCCCAAGCAGUUCUUUGCAUAUGCUGGAUGCUCCCAGCAUAGUGAACCCACAUGCAUGCCAUGAUAUAAAUAUUAUGGACAGCAAGUCACCUGUAUGCUACAUUGAGGCUGCAAAUGGGAUUCGGGGAAGAAAUAAAUGACUGGAAACCACAAAAGGUGAGCAUUGCUUGUCAAAUGUAUACACGUUGUAUGGGUGACAAAUGCAUGCUAAAGAACCAGUUUGAGGGUGGGUGCAGAAUGAUACAGGAGAAGGUGGACCUGUACAUUACUCCUAUGUUUUACUGAGUGAUUUAAAUAUAAUCUAUAGUUAAAUAUCUAUAGUUGAGUUGUAGUGUGAGCUCCUUUUUGCUGGCAAAAUUGAGUUAAGGGGUGAUUUUGACAGUGUGAUGGACCAUUGGGUUGAAUCUAUUUCUUGACCUAAAUCUGGUUCCCAUUGUUCUUUAAUUAAUUGUGUUGGGGAAAUGUACGGUGUCUUGGAGUAGUAUUUUAUGGAUUGCAGAAACUUUCCCUCUGUAUUGUCCUCCUGUGGUUGGGAGGUGUUUCUCAGGGGCUAGUUGCUGUGUGUUUUUUUUACAGUUGGGUUGGAUAGAGGAGCUUGCAAUUGGUGGCAGAGUAGUCUGGCUAUUUGAAUUGCUCCCAUUUAGUUUGCAGUUUUUGUCUCAUGGUUUGGAGCAAUGCACUCUAUAGAAACACUCCAAAUCAGCCAUAUAUAGUUUCAAAUUGGGGAGUAUUGUUGUUAGCUAUGAAACAAUAAAUUGUGUGGAGCCCCCCUUUUUAGCUUACUCUUUAAAAAAUAAAAACAAAGAUUAUAUCUUCUAGAACUAUUCUUCAAAUCCGUUAGUCUAUUUCUCAUUUCCAUAUCUUCAGCUGUGAAGACGGGUAAAUUUUUCAUCAUGUGCCUGUAAUUUUGUCAUUGUUGUAGAUUCUGUCAGAGCUUCAAGCUUGGUGUUAAAUCCCUGAAAUAGCUCCUCCAUAGGGCACAGCAGGGUCUUAAUUAAAUCCUUAAGUGUCUCCUGUUGAUUUGCUAAUAGACUUGUAAGUUCUGCCCUUGUCAUAUUCGCAACAGAGUCUCUUUCUGCAGCCUCCUUAGGGCUUCAUUAACUUGUGACCCCAAAAUUCAGGAUUCCCCCAAAACUGAUGCCAUAGUUUUGUGCUGUGAACCCAUGUUUUGUGUGACUACCCCAGCCAAAUAACUUCUUAAACUUCUUACUAAUUGGAUGUGUACUGCUUUUGAACAGCUACCUAUUAAUAACAUAAACUUGUCCUGUACAAAUUAGUCUGAUCCUUUUUUAAGGUAUCUAAAUGAUUCAUAGUAAUGGAUUUUGUAAGUUAAUUAUAUACAGUGGUACCUCAGGUUACAAACGCUUCAGGUUACAAACUCCGCUAACCCAGAAGUAGUACCUCGGGUUGAGAACUUUGCCCCAGGAUGAGAACGGAAAUUGCAUGCUGGCAGUGUGGCGGCAGCAGGAGGCCCCAUUAGCAAAAGCGCACCUCAGGUUAAGAACAGUUUUGGGUUAAGAACGGACUUCCGGAACGAAUUAAGUUCGUAACCUGAGGUAUCACUGUAUUGUACAAAUGAAUACUUUCUUUGUCCUGAAACUAUUUCUGAUCAUUUGGCUGACAAAGAUAACUCAUUUUUGGCACAUUAUAAAUCUCUGUUAAGUUCUUCAAAGUCCCUGCUAAAAGGCCUCAUCUUCUUAUGCCAAUACUUCAGACAUAAGACACUUGUUUCUUGAUCUCACUUUCUCUAAGUAUAUAUGCCAUGGUAAGUGUGAGAGCGUUGUAUUGGGGUUGGUUUAUUUAUUUGUAUGAAUUUCUAUACUGCUCAAUAUAUAAAAUACCUGAGCCAUGUACAUUUUAAGACCUGAAAGCAACAAGCGGAAUAAAAUACAUGAACAACUGUAAAUCUUCUUUAGUAUGGACAUGCUUUCACAAAGUACAGCUGGGUGACACAUAGAGAAAUACCAUGCAGGUAUCAGUUCUUGUUUCAGUCUACAGCUGAGUGAACAAGGAGACAUAAUGCACCUUGUUGUACUGAGAAGUGCAUUGAGUCGUAGUUCCUCCAUUUUGCAGCAGCUUGUAGUGCUGCUGUUGGGGGACCACUCCCUGCCACUUGUGAAGUUAUCAUGGAUUGCCAGAUUCUUUAGGAGUUUAUGUACCUUGUGUACAGUACCGUCUUUUAAAUGAUGUUGAACAGUGUAACCCUAUACAUACCUUUCAAAAAUAAUUCCCACUGGGCUAGGUAGACCCUUGAUCUGAUCUUGCAGGGCUCUCUUUAUGGGAUAAUUAGCUGAGUCAUGCAUCAAAUCCUGCAGGGUUCUUCUAAUGGCUAAUAUUUUAAAUUUUCAGCUGUGCAAUGCUUUAACAGAGGAGGCGAGAUUGCCCUUUCCUCAUUCUUUAGCUAGUGCUAUCAGCUGGCCCCCAAGCUGUUGAUGACAUCUUUUGUAAAACAUACCGUAGCUAUUGCUGGUAGUGAUAAGUUAAAAUAAAUGCUGUUAUAAAUCUCAGCCGAAUUACUAAGGUUUCUCUGUAACUAUGGAAACAUAGUUCUAGACAUUAGAGUGCAAAAGGGAGAAUCUUAGUGUUACUGUGACAACUGAUAACUACAUGAAAGCUAAAAAAGUGACAGAAUUUUUACAAUAUGGUCAUAUACAAGCCUGGUAAAAUUGUGUAUGCUUGAGUACUGAGAUACUGUACAAUCAUGUGUAUAUAGGUAUCCUUACAAGGGUUUGUUGUUUCACAUUUCAUCUGAUUAUAUAUGCAGUUAUAAUAAUAUAGCUUGUAUGCUUCAAGCAUAUUUAUGUUCCUGGCUCACUGCAAAUCUUCCUCCUCAAAUUAAGAACCAGGGAGGGACCAUCACUCACUACAUGCUUUGUGAACAGAAGAUCUCAGGUUCAAACCCUGGCAUCUCUCCAUUUGAGGAUUAGGCAAUAGGUAAUGCAAAGAUCACUACCUGAGACCCUGGCAAUCUACUUCUGGUCAGAAUAGAGUCACUGGUGGAGGAAGAGGAGUGCGGGGGGAGCGCAUCGCCCCCGGCAGCACGAUCCCAGCAAAGUGCCAUUGCAGCUGCCCCCCAGCCCGCGCAAACAGUGCACCACGCCCCCAGGAUGCGCGCCAGCCCCGUUCCCGCCUGCUCUCCACCUCCCAGUGCCGGAGCAUGAAGCUCUGCCACUGAAUAGAGUAAAAUGGAGCUGGACUGGACAGAUAACUUGUCUGGCCGUGGUAUAAGGCAGCUUCCUAUGUUCCUAAAUAUGCAGAAAUAAUAUUCAUUGCUGCUGGCUGUUCCACUUCUGACAGUGUUUGAAUGUGUAAAAAAAUGUCAUCCUGUGAAGGAAGCUUUUACACAAGUGAAAAGCAGUUGAACCUUCCUUCCUGAUCAUCUAGUUUUCUGUGUUUGGGGAAUUUCUUCCUGAUGGAUCAUUCAAACAUAUGAUUCUCAAACCAGCAACCUCAGUUGUACAAUUUAGGAAGUGAAGCACACAUUUGCAUGUUUUGAAUUGGCCCAGAGGCCGCUUGAAGUAUAUGAAGGUGAAACUCCUACAGGCCAAUAUUGUCUCCCAUCUGUGCUUUGGCUCGCUUUGCUGGCUUCUGUUAUUGGGAGACCUAGCUCCCAGUCUCAGAGAGAUGAAAAGAACCCAUUUUUAGACUUUCCUAGUUAUGGUAAAUUUGAGUAAGUGUACAUUUGGUUUACAGUCUAUUGGGAAGUAUCUUAAUUUCUUGCUACUUUCAGUCAGUGAGGCACAAGCAUCUUUGUUCAUGACACCAUACACUUCUGUGCUUUGGGGGAUUCCCAUAUGUAUUUCUAUGAAUGUAUACAAUGCAACUUGAAUUUUAUAUUUAAAAAUGGAUUUCAAAAUGCAGAUGUUUUCUGUUUUCAGAUAUAAUGGGCCUUUCUGACCUGGAUUUGCUAUCGGCAUGGAAGUCAAAUGGGGCCACCCCAAAAUAAGAUGGUUUCAAGAGGUACAGAAUGUUGAAGGGGUUGGGGUUGGGGAGAGGAGAGGAGAAAGAAUUAGCCCACUCAAGCCUUCUCAGUCUGGAAGCGGGGGGUUAGGUUGGGGAGAAUGUGUGUUGCCCAGAUAUUAUUAUUAUUAUUAUUAUUAUUAUCUUAGAAACUUCAGGGUUUUACCAUGGCUUCUGAUCAAGAACAAAUCAUGGCUUGUUGAUUUGGGUGCAGUGGUAAGCUGGGGUUUGUUUCAAAGCAGAAAAGGAGGGAGAGUAUCACUAAACAUGAGUAAGGAGAAAGGGGAGGAGGAAUUUGUAAUAGUGAACCUUCCAAAAUUCCCUGAUACUGAGUCAGAUUAUUAUGACUGUAUGAUACAUCACCUUGGUUAGCAGUUAGUACGCAGUAUGAGACAGCUCUGACUUAAUUUUUACUUAUUAAAUAAAAUGAAUCUGCUUUCUGAAAUGUAUAUGUGUUUGCUUUUGGAAAAGGUAGUUUCAUGGUAACAUCUUUCAUAUGUGUUAUGUUAUUUGGAUUAAAUUACAGGCUUAAAAUAGACAGCAUUGCUUAUAUGUAAAAAAAAAAAAAAAGCUUCAUAUAGACUGAAACAUUCAAACAAUUUUUCUGUGAACUUAAGCUCUUUCAACUCUUUAAUAAUGGAAGAAGAUUGCAUAGAUGUUAGAAUGAUUCCUGGCCUCUAGGCAAACAGUGAAAUUAAAUGAGUUGCCUUUAUAUUUCUAAACCAUUUUGUCUGUAGUAAUACUGAUCUAGAUGCUAAGCUGCAACAAUAGAAAUUGUAGUGUUUCCCUGACAACUGAGAAAAACAGACAUGCAUAAAAACUGAGGUUGAAGGAUGCAGCACUCAUAGAUAGUGUGGGUUGGGAUGGCUUCUUACCUCGCUUGAGAUAGCAAGUAAAGAGCGGGGAAAAUAUUAUGAGAAGAGUAGUUCUAAACUCUUUGGCAUCUGGAUGGGGCUUCAAGAAAGCAAAUGAGAAUGCAAGAUCCUGGCCAGAUUUGACCAUAAUUUGGUGUGCUUCAGGUAAGUUUUCCUUUUUGCACAUUAUAUGUAGAAAUAAUCAUAAGUCAGACUCUUGUCAAUCCAUUCCAUUCUCAGUGCAAACCCAUAUUCUUUCUACUCCCAGACCCUUCCCAUUCAUGCCUCUAAAACUGACAUCUUAGUCUAUAAGCAACUACUUCCUAAAUUUGCAGUGACUAAUCAUAAUUUUUGUUCAGUUCAUUUUGGCCUUUCCUGUCAUCUUUCUCUUACUUAUACACAGUUCUCCACUAGCGGAUGUGCACUAAAAGCCCAAUCGAAGUAAAUGAAACAGAUGCGUGGGUAGGUACAAAAUUGUAUUCUUUUAAGUUCAGUUUUUUCUGACCUCAUGGAUUGUUGGGAACAAAUGAACCCCCCAGUCCAAUCAUGACGUGUUGGAGCAGUGUGAACCUAUGUGGCAGGAGGGAGGUACUUUCAUGAUUAAACCAUUAUUUUAAAUGUCCUGUGACUUAUUAAGAAUGAAGCAAAUAUAGGCCAUCUGAGCAGGAAUUGUGCCAGUUUUGUGUCUUGUGCAGUAUUCUUCACACACUUCACACACUAUUAAUAUGGAAUUGGCAAUUAUUUAAAACGUAUACAUCACCUUUUCAACCUUGUCUCAGUUUUUAAGUUUUAAAAUACUGAAAAAUAUGUAGUAAUUGUGUUGCAGGCUGCUUUGCUGUUUGUUGAAUUUUUGUGAAAUAAAAAUUUAAACCUCCGUGGAAAGAAGAGCUCGGUGAGCACAGUAGGGUGAGUGAUACAGGAAGCACAGAAUUACUGUGCUUGCUCUUGAGUUACAGUACUCUAGCUGCCAUGAAAAGUCUGUGUGCUGUAAAUGGCUACAUGCAGAAAAAAAGAUUUGCAGAUGUGAUAAGAGAAGUCACAGUAGGCUGUUGUGCAGGUGCUGUUACCAUAGCAAGGAAUGUGUGCACAUGUGAUCCUUUUUUGAAAUGCAGUAUAGUUGCUGAGGAACAAUUAGCUGCCUGUCUUUACCAUAGGGAUAUAAGUGAAACAGUGGGCAACUCAUGAAUGCACCUGCUGUACUAAUGACUGUUUUCACUAUGAAACAAAGUGUUAUCUAUUAAUUUAACUGAUGUCAGUUUAGAUGUUUUGACUUCGUAUGUUUUUAGGUGCACACAAGAUGCUCCUGGGUAGGUUUGGCUUUCCUGCUAACUUUAAAUUAACUUUCCUUUUUCCAGCUGAAUGUUGUGUUGCCUGCUCUAGAUGGGGAUCAUACUCCCUCUGAAGGAUCAGGUUUGUAGUUUGUGGGUUCACCUUGAUCCAUUUCUGUCACUUGAGACCCAGGUAGCCUCAGUGGUAUAGAGUGCCAUAAGCUUAGGCUGGUGGCCCAACCAUGACCCUAUCUGGACAGGGAUAACUGCGCUACAGUGAUAACUGGGCUACAAUCUACUAACCAAGAUUGGAUUAAUGCAACGUGCUUUAUAUGGGGCUGCCUUGGAAAAGAGUUUGGAUGCUUCUAUUAGUGCAGAAUGGGGCUGUCUGACUGUUGACAGAUUUGAGAGGAACAGUUCAUAUAGCACCAAUUCUGUUACAAGUACACUAGAUUGAAUGAAUGAUUAUGGAAUGAGAAAACUACAUGUUUUUGCUGCAGACAGGGUGUACAGUUUAUACAUAGUGUAUACACAGCUCUGUGUGUGUUUGAAUGAAAGGUAGGUGUUUGUAUGAACUAUUUUAAUGUUGUUGUUGUUGUUUAGUUGCUUGGUCGUGUUCAACUCUUCGUGACCCCAUGGACCAGAGCACGCCAGGCACUCCUGUCUUCCACUGCCUCCCGCAGUUUGGUCAAACUCAUGCUGGUAGCUUGGAGAACACUGUCCAACCAUCUCGUCCUCUGUCGUCCCCUUCUCCUUGUGCCCUCAAUCUUUCCCAACAUCAGGGUCUUUUCCAGGGAGUCUUCUCUUCUCAUGAGGUGGCCAAAGUAUUGGAGCCUCAGCUUCAGGAUCUGUCCUUCCAGUGAGCACUCAGGGCUGAUUUCCUUCAGAAUGGAUAGGUUUGAUCUUCUUGCACUCCAUGGGACUCUUGAGAGUCUCCUCCAGCACUAUAAUUCAAAAGCAUCAAUUCUUCGGCGAUCAGCCUUCUUUAUGGUCCAGCUCUCACUUCCAUACAUCACUACUGGGAAAACCAUGGCUUUAACUAUACGGACCUUUGUUGGCAAGGUGAUGUCUCUGCUUUUUAAGAUGCUGUCUAGGUUUGCCAUCGCCUUUCUCCCAAGGAGCAGGUGUCUUUUAAUUUCGUGACUGCUUUCACCAUCUGCAGUGAUCAUGGAGCCCAAGAAAGUAAAAUCUCUCACUGCCUCCAUUUCUUCCCCUUCUAUUUGCCAGGAGGUGAUGGGCCCAGUGGCCAUGAUCUUCGUUUUUUUGAUGUUGAGCUUCAGACCAUAUUUUGCACUCUCCUCUUUCACCCUCAUUAAAAGGUUCUUUAAUUCCUCCUCACGUUCUGCCAUCAAGGUUGUGUCAUCUGCAUAUCUGAGGUUGUUGAUAUUUCUUCCAGCAAUCUUAAUUCCGGCUUGGGAUUCAUCCAGCCCGGCCUUUCGCAUGAUGAAUUCUGCAUAUAAGUUAAAUAAGCAGGGAGACAAUAUACAGCCUUGCCGUACUCCUUUCCCAAUUUUGAACCAAUCAGUUGUUCCAUAUCCAGUUCUAACUGUAGCUUCUUGUCCCACAUAGAGAUUUCUCAGGAGACAGAUGAGGUGAUCAGGCACUCCCAUUUCUUUAAGAACUUGCCAUAUUUUAAUGUUAUAAUUUAUGUUUGUUUUUAAAUAUAUUGUAAGUUGUUUUCAGACCUUCAAGUAACAAGUGACUAACUAGUCUAAAUAAAUGCAUGUCCAGAGCGGUCACAGAUGUUACACUGAAUGUGGGACUGUCUGAAAGUUGAGAAUGGGCAUAUUCCAUUUGUGUACUGGAGAUUCCAUGUUUCAUUGGCAAAGGGGAGACAGAAGAGGAGGUAUGGGAAAGCCUGCUUCAGCCACCUGUCUUCCCCACUCAAUCUGCUGGCCUACUCAUUCAUACCUUAUCUCCCAAAGCAACCACUGGCAGUGACAGGGAAAGCAGGAAGGGUUGCAAAGCCCACUGCACACUGAUCCACCUGCCUGCCUCUGGUUACCUCCUCAUGACCAAGGCUGCUUGCCUGCUGGGGCAGCUUUCCAUUGACAGGCCUGCUUUGUUGCCAUUUUCUUCCUCCUUGACACCUGAUGCUGCUGGGGCAGACACUGUGUUGCUGGAACGAGGUAUGCAGCAGCAGCAGAGCAGUAAGAUUGCUCAGGGGCUGCCCUGGCUUGCCUUAGCUGUUCCUUUGCAGCUCAUCUGGGCCCACUGCUUGCCUGCCUGCCUGCUGCUCUGUCAUCAUUGGUGUGGCUGCCUACUUAGGACCAUGGGAACUGCGGCAUUGUGACAUUCUUUGAUUCAAAAAAGGGCCUGCCAUCCACAUGCUUGUUAUAUGAAAAUUCACUUAUCCAAACAUGGCAGGUGCUGUCUCCAAUCCUGUUUCAGUAGCUGAAACUUCUGCUUGUGCAACUGCAGCUAAAUUGGUACCAUGGGAUCUGGUUUGUCAUCAUACCAUGAUUGGAGAUCAUGGAGUGUUAACAGUGGAGCACCACUUCAUCUUUGUGACUUCCAGGAGAGAUUGCAUGGAUGCCGUUCCCUUUUGAGAACUGGCUCUAGGUUUUUCAAGAUAGGCAUGACCUGGAACAGGUUUGGCCACUGCUAAAUGUAGAUCAGUUCGUCUGUAUACAGUAAUGAUAUUGUUUCUCCAAAUCUUUUCAAUACAUUCUCCAUAAAGACAUGUUAGAAUGGGUGGGCUUAUUUGGUGCCAGUGACUUCAUUUGUUUCCAUGGUGCUUUGAAUUUUUGCCAAGCAAAAUUCUUUGCAGUUUUGAGCAAGUUAAGUGUCUUUGCUAGCUAUGUCUUUAAUCCUAUGCACACAACUAUCAGUUUUGCCAGGACUGUUUAUUCUGUUUGCUGGUAGAAAGUUUUUAUGUAGUCCUCUUUGCUAAUAUAUUUUCGAUUCUCUAAAUGGAAAUACAAUUAUUUAUUUUAAAGGUAAAGUGAACUCAAAAGGGAACUAUAACCUCAUUUCCAGCAAGAUUCACAAAGAUGCUUCAUUUCUGCUCAGCAAUUAAAAACUUAUCCCCCCCCCCCCCCCGGAAGUUACACUGAUGAUAAUCAUGGGAAUACCUGAUUUUGUGGAUAUAUUUUAUGAUUACAGGUAGGUAGCCGUGUUGGUCUGCUGUAGUCAAAACAAACAAACAAAAAUCCUUCCAGUAGCACCUUAGAGACCAACUAAGUUUGUUAUUGGUAUGAGCUUUCGUGUGCAUGCAUGGGUAUCUGAAGAAGUGUGCAUGCACAAGAAUGCUUAUACCAAUAGCAAACUUAGUUGGUCUCUAAGGUGCUACUGGAAGGAAUAUUUUAUGAUGUUUUUUUGUAUAAUAAUAGUUAACAGUGUUUCUAUUCUUUCAGAUUAACACUCUUAUAAACAGAUAAUAGCAAGGACUCUACUUUUCAAGAACCCAUUAUUCGAUUAUGCAUGUGCAGAACACAAGUGGUAAAAAAUAAUCUUUAUUCAUGAAGUGCUCUGAGACCUUGAUUCAUGAAGUGCUAUGAGCUGUAGGAGUACAAAGAAUUAUUAGUGUGUCAAUGGGAGAGUGAAAAUACUCAAGAUGCCAGUGUAAUGGAAUUAAGAUGCUUCACCUAUUAGGUUGCUUUAGAUUAGUUAGCGAGAGCCUGAAAUUUUCUUUCUUAUAUUUAAUUGCAGUGAUUCGUCAAAUUGGGGUGGGUGAAGGGAGGGAAAGUGAGUAUUUAUGAUUCCUUGAAUCCUAGUGAGCUUGACAGCAAAUCCAAGACAAUGGAUAUUUGUAGCAAAAUAAUUUGCUCUUUAAUGGCAACUAGCAACUUUUGUUGGUUCCAGUGCUAUUAAAACUUUUCAUCCUUUCAUUGUGAGAACUGUUGAUUUUAUUCCUAUUCUCUGCUUCCUGUUCUUGAUGAGCUUGCUGAGCUUGAUGAAUGUUUUCCAAGGGUUGGAUCCAGUGGCGUAUAUGGCCACAUCCGCACAAUACAUUUAAAGCACAGUUUUAUCCCUUUAACAGUCAUGGCUUUCCCCCAAAGAAUCCUGGGAACUGUUGUUAAGGAUGAUGAGUUUUUAAGAGACCCCCAUUCGUCUCACAGAGCUAUAAUUCCCAAAAUUCCCUGGAAAGGAUUGAUAAACAACUAUGGAGAGCCACUACCAGUCACUGUAUAGUAUUGAGCUGGAUGGACCUAUGGUAUAAGGCAGAUUCCUAUGUCAUUCCUAAAUCCUGUUUGGAUGCCAAAUUCCACAGACAAACCAUUACAACUCUGUGGUUGUGCCAGUCUGGUGGCUAUGAUAAAGUGGCAUGUAUGCAUUGAUUUGAUGCCGUAAAAGAGUUUGACAGGUAAUUAUUUGUGCAGCAGCUGAACACUAGCAGCAUAGUACAUGUGAGAUUUGUUGCUUUGAAUAAUAAGGCAUCUUGUGGAGUUUCAACUUCAUCUAUUCCAGGGCUAGGAACCCUGUGUUCCAGCCCUGUGUUCCAAGAGUCACAUGCAGCUCUUGACCUGAUUUCAUGUAGAUGGGGGAGCUGGAAGGGAAGGAGGAAGGGGAGGGGGAGAGUGGUUGAGAGGAAUAAAGUUGAAGGGGCUAUUUGAACAGCGUCUGCAGUAGAGAGCAGUUGUAUAUUGAUUUAGAAUAUCCAGAAAGUGUAAUCAUAAUAACAAAAUGUUUUCCAGAAGACUUUUAAAAUGAGGGAAUAUGAUGACUGUACGCUAAACAGAACCAUAAGAAGGAAUUUAAUUUUUGACUUGACAAGGCCAUGUGAUAGUCUUAAUGAAAUUGUACCACCUGAGAUAUAUCAGUGAGAGACUGCAUGAUGAAAUAUAUCUCUUCCCAUUUAAAAAACUCCCACCAGGUACAAAGCUAGCACCUUUGGUUGAACACUUCAAGCUUCGUUUGAAUUUUCAGGUGCUUUUUUAAACACAAUUCCUCAUGCGCAGAAUGGAAAUGGUAUGAUUCUCUGUGCACUGCUGAAAGUUGGAUUAAGUUAUACUCUCAAUUUACAAAGAUAGUGGAGGAACUUGCCUCUGUGUGAGAGGGGGAACAGUCACUGUCCUCUCAGUCUGAAAUCACGUUGAGUCAUUGCAGUCCUGACAUUGGAUUAAAUACCUCAGAACUCUGAGGCAGUAAAAUGGACUUCGGGUUCAGAGACUUGCACACUCGAAAUGUUCUCACAAUUGUUAUAAAUGGCAUUGAUACACAUUUCACCACUAGAAAUUUGAAUGAAGAACUCUAUAAAGUGUUUUUUAAAAAAAUAAUGGGCUCCAUUCCUCAUCAUCUGUAGACACAGCUGCUUCACUUUGGGGAAGCUACUCUUAGUCUGAGAUAAUAUUUUUUGUGGGAUUGGGGGCACACUCUAAUCUAGACCUUUGAGGAUAUUUAUAUAAAUGCAUGUUGCGGGCUAGCUCCCCCCAAUAACGUCCUUACUCUACACCUGUUCUGCACCAUUUCCUGGGAGCUUAACAUAGAAAUUCAGGUUUGGUUUUUGAACUGUUAGUUGCUUCUGUUUCUGAUUUCCUUUCAUCUUUGUGGUUACAAGCUAUCUGCUCUUUUUGAUCCCAGGGUGGUUCACAACAUUGAAAUACAAGAUAAAAUACAUAAUAAAAACAAGAACAAAAACAAACCCCAUCCCAUCUCACAAACAUAUUUAAAAGGGUAUCAGAUGUUAAUCAGUCAAAGGCCUUGUUGAAGAACAAUAUUUUUGCCUGCUGCAGCCAUGGAGGAGUGUUGAGGGUUUCAUUAAUUCAAAUUUCAAAAGUAUUAUUUUAUAUUAUCCAAUAAAUAUUUGUGUAGUUCACUUUUGUUCACAAGUGGAAAAACUUCAUCAUUCUUUAAAAAUUAUCUUUAUGCACGUGGGACCUGCAACAUCCCUGAUCAUUGCUGGUUGAAACCCUGCCCUCUUCAAGGAUACGCAGAUUCCAUGCCCCCCUCCAGUCCUCAGCAUUCUAUGACCACUGGGCAUGCUCAGUCCUCAAUUGUGGUUUUUUUGGGGGGAAGGGGGAUUCCCCCCCCGAGAUUUUUUCCUAAAUAUUCUUUGUAUUUCUGUAAACUUUGAGCUUCUUCCAGUAAGCUGGCUGAUACCUCUCUCUCUGUGGAUAGUACUGUUUUGGCUACAUAAGAACAGGCACUCAGAGAAUUAAAAUUACUUUUAGCACUGUAUAUAGCACUGGGACCCUGCAACAAAGGAAGUGUAUGUGUAUGUGCUGGUGGAGGAGGGGGAAGCCUCCCUUUUCAUGUAGGAGACUAUCUAGAUUGAGAAAGUGAGUGGGGGGCACUAUAUGUGUAUGUGUGUUUCUGUGUUUUUGACAUCUUCCAACUUUUCCAGCUAUUCCAUUGCCCAUCCCUCCCCCCCCCCAAUUGCCAACAUUCCAUGAGCAUCCUAUGAGCAGGGAUGUGGGUGGCGCUGUGGGUUAAACCACAGAGCCUAGGGCUUGCCGAUCAGAAGGUUGGCGGUUCGAAUCCCUGCAACAGGGUGAGCUCCCGUUGCUCGGUCCCUGCUCCUGCCAACCUAGUAGUUCGAAAGCACUUCAAAAUGCAAGUAGAUAAAUAGGUACCGCUCUGGUGGGAAGGUAAACGGCGUUUCCGUGCGCUGUACUGGUUCUCCAGAAGCGGCUUAGUCAUGCUGGCCACAUGACCCGGAAGCUGUACGCUGGCUCCCUUGGUCAAUAAAGCAAGAUGAGCGCUGCAACCCCAGAGUCGGCCACAACUGGACCUAAUGGUCAGGGGUCCCUUUACCUUUGUGAGCAUGAGCACACUCAGUUCUCACUAGACUCUCUUUGGAGGGGCCCUCUCCCCCAGUUAUGCAAACCUUGAGAUUACCCUCACUCAGUCUGCUGAUGCCUCUAUUUUGUAUGGGGCUGUUACUGUUUGGGCUAUGUAAGUGAGGGCACUUGGAGAUUGGAAUUGGAAUUGGAAUUAGAACGUAGGGCAAUGACUACAGAGAGCAUAAUGGAACAAAUGGCUGAAAUGCCUUCUGAAAUACCUAACAAAGAGCUCACAGAAGUAAUCCAUACAACAUUUAUUACAUGAAAAAGUUACCAAGUCUAUUCCUAUGUAUUGCAGCUGCUGCUUGUGUUUUACACGACCAGAAGGAGGGUUCUGAUGGAUUGAAAGGCUGUUAGUCCUGCUGUAUCUUUAAAGUGAAAAAAAAGAGGAUUUUUUUCAUUUGUACCUGAUGGUUUUUUUUUUAUCUGUUUGCAAAUGUUGCUCUAAUGGUUUGAAACCCAGUCGUGUCAUUUCUUUACGCCCACACAGAGCUGCAGUAGUACAGACACUGUAGCAGGAAAACCAUAUUACCAGCUAGAGCCAUUAAAACUCUUCCCACGCUAAAUGUGGGUUGAAAUCACCCUCUUCUUCCCUCCCCACCCAAAAGCCCACCGCCCACAACCAAACCUUCUGUGCAUCAGGGUUUUUUUUACACAUUUUAAAAAAGAGAGCCAGAACAAUUGAAAAGAAGACUCUGAAUCUUUUGUUGUUGUUGUUCCAGCGCUUUCCCAGAGAAACCUGAAGCACACCUCUGGCCUAUGGACUUAGCCAUCUAAAGGUUAGCAAGAGCUUUGUUGUUAAUUUCUCUGCUUAGCUUUGAUGAGAGACUGCAAAGAACGAGAAGGGCUAAGUUGUGGGUAUUUUAAUGCAGUGACUGUUAGGGUGGUUGCUUUUCUCUGAUACACACAGCACUUUUUUUUCCCAAAGCAAAGAACCUUAAAUAGGGCUUUGUUACUGGUAUAUUUUGCACCUUUUGCUCAGGCAUCAGAAACUUUGAAAUAUGGACCAGGUUUGUUUCUGUGCUUAUAGAAAAGCAAGCCUGUUGAUGUGUGGUAUGCAUGCUAAGGACAGUUAACUCUUUUCUGGCACUGUAAAGCACAAGUGAUUUUGACCAGAAUAACUUGAAACUCCCUGUUAUGCACAUUUGCAGGAAGAAUCUUGUUUGUGCAGCUUAUUACGAAAAUGCUGAACACAUGUAUAAGAUUUGUUUUUCCUUUAAAAGAACUAAUCUAAAUUUAAUUGCCAUGAAAAUAACCUAAAUCGUGCAUACUUUAUGUAAUUUAGUUUUCAUGAGUACCGUUCCUAGAAUUAGUAUGGGAAAAAUAUUCAUAUUGAAUUAACAUUGGUCAAGGAGAAGGCAAGUGCUCUAAACAAUAUUUGCUUUAAUACUUAUUGUGCAAAGGGUGUUUUUACUGAGGUCAGCUUUUGAAAUUUCUAGCUUUGCAAAUGAUCAAACAGGAGAGUAAAAAUAAAGAAUGCUUUUUUUCUUCCAUACUGAGAUGAAUCAGAGAUUCUUAUUUCCUUUGCUUUGAAUUUUUAAUGAACGGCUUUAGAAUCUGCUCUGUAGCCCUUUGUACUAAUUGUAAUAAUUUGCUCUGUCAUCCUAUUGCAUGCUCUGAAGUGACUUUUAUUACUCUAGGAUAAGAGUUAAAUAAUGGAUAAAUGCUUUUACGUUAAAAUAAGAACUGAUGGGACUGUAUUGUGGCAUUAGCAGAGGUUGUUAUCAGAUGUUUGCUACAGUAUCUAUAGAAAGUCUUGCCACUCCCAUGACUGAAGCAUGUUUUGUAAACUUCCAUAAGCAUGUAUAUUUUACUAGAACAAAAUACAGUUUCUAGCACAUUUUGAUAUUACAAGCUGUCUCGGGUGAAUCAUAGGCAAGGCUAAUUUAUUAUUCAAAAUGGUUUUAACAUUUACAGAUACAUAAAGUCUGUAACCUAGAUUCAAAUGCUAUAAGGACAAUGAGCUUCCUUGGUUACUGGUAAUUUACAAAUAGAAUGCUGGGCUGCCAGGCUUUGUUAGCACAGGCGCUGGAGACAGCCAAACCCAAUAAUCUCAUGGAAGUAUGGUUUAUUUAGUACCAUAAAUCAGGCCCACAGAUUGGUCCUGAAAAGAGAAUAUUACAGCAAUUGGUCCAUUAAUAAGGUUUGGGAGGUAUUGUCAACAACUGCACUGAAACUUUUAGCUAUAAGAUACUGGAGGAUGAAACCAGUUUCAACAGCGAACAAAAAAUGGGAAAUGUCAGAAGAAAAUUGUUUGCAGUUGAAAUAGAUAGCAGGGGAAAUAUUUCUACUCCAGCUUAGAAAUCUGCAACUUUAUUUUUGAAUAUCUGCUCUGUAGAUUGCUUACUGUGUUGUACCGUAUUUACUCGAAUCUAAUGCUCACUUUUUUUGGCCAAAUGACAUUGCAAAAAUUAAGGUGUGCAUUAGAUUCAAUGGGGCAUUAGACUAGAGUAAAUACGGUACUAAAGACAAAACAUACUUCUUGAUGCCCUGUUUUUGCAGUGGUCUGGUUGUAUCAUGGUUCCACUAUUGAGGUUGUGCGUUGUGCCUUAGCACUCAUGCCCUGAUCCCCUCCUUCACUUUCUAAUUUGCAAUAACUUGUUCACUGCUGAAUCCAAAUCAGACAAACUAUGCUUGCUUAGCAUUACCACAAACCAUAAUUUGUGCAGCAGAAUCCCAAGCCCAUUGCAAAGUGUACAUUCCAACUGUGGCAUGGAAAUGAACUAUGGAUUUCAGUAAUGGUAACCAUAGUUAUUGUAAGUGGAGGAGGAAAUUGGAGGGAAGAAACUAGAAUGGCUGAUCUGUUUGACAAUAUUAUACUUGUUCAGUUGCUCCUUCAUAUUUAUUAAGAAGUAAGGCACAGAACUGACCUGAUGACGAUGUAUGUAGUUAUUCUAGGCUGAUUUUGUGGCAUCAAUAAACAACCUCACAGGACUUCCUGUUGUUCAGGAAAUACUGUAUGCUGCAGUACAAACUUGCUGGAACCCCAACAUGCUGGAGAGAUCUAUUAAUUUUUUAUUUCAGAUUUUUUAAUUUUAAUGUUUAUUUAUUUAUUUUCAACUUUUGACAAGAAAGAUGAUGACGACAACAGUAUAUGCAAUGACAGUAGGUACAGAAAGCAGGACAUGUGCUUAAAAUAUCCCAAAACUUCAAAAUUUGACUGUUGCUCCUCCUAAAUACCUCAAGUAUUAUUUUAUAUAUCUCUAGCACUUAGUUUUUGGGAAAUGGCCUUUACAUCGAAAUAUAUAGAAAGUUGUCUUAUACCCAAAGUCAGAUCUGGUCCAUCUAACUUAUGGUUACCAGAUGUCCCUGUUUCCCAGGGACAGUCCCUGGAUUUACAAAGCUGUCCCCUGACAAAAUCUGUCCCUAGAAUGUCUCCAGAUUUCAUUUAAUGCCCCCGGAUUUAUAUUUUGUUAUAGAUUUAUUAUUAGGGAAUGAAUGUUGUGUGAUUGGUUCAAUGGCACAAGACACAUCAUAUGGGGACUUCUGGCGAGGCAAAAUGGUGGGUGCCACGGCAGCGAGCAACUCCUGAAGCCAGCCAGAGCCAACUGCGCUAUCAAUCUGGCUAUGAGCUGCUGAGACUGCUGCUGCCACUACAACUGCUGAGGGGGAACCGGGGACGGCUGGCUUGUCAACUGGGGGAACCGCUGAUCCCCCCCCCCACAACCCAAAUCGAGCCGGGAGCAAGAGCGCCUGGCCGACUGCCCAGCGGCACUCAGGGGCCAGGAAAACCCGGAGCCGACACGAGGAGAGGAGGAGAAGGAAGAGAGUGAAAGAGGAAGGAGCAAAAAGAGGGGAGCCCUGACCUUGCUGCUGCCACCGCUGAGGAGGAGAGGUAGGAGAGCAAUGGGAGGGCAAGGACAUGUGGCCAAGCCCAGGACUGGCCUGAGCCUACUCCACGGCAGCUAGCACUCCAAGAGAGCAGGCCGGGGCCCAGAGGAAGGCUGCACGACAGAGGAGAUCACAGAAGAGAUUACUUUAAAAAAAAAACUUUUUAAAAUAACUUUUCUCUCUCUCUCUUUUUAAAAAAAGUGUCCUCAGAUUCUUUGAAAAAAAUCUGGUAACCUUAAUCUAACUAGCAGUCGCUAGAGUUUUUUCUAGCUUUACCUGAGGAUAUCGGGGGUUGAACCAGAGACGUUUUUGCAUGUUCUCUUCCACUGAGCUGUGGCUCUUUCCUUUAAUACGCAUGAUUGAGUUUCAGAGCAUGAAGUCUCCCGUUUCAUUUUGAAAUGUGAUAUAGUACUCAUAAAGGAGAAAAUGACAGCAGUACAAUACAAAAGGUGCUUAUUGUCCAGCUUGGUGGAUCCCCAUGCAUUUUGAAUGCUCAUUUUUCUAUGGCUGCGUUUGAGUGUUAAAACCAAAAUCAUAAGCUUCAGAUGCUUAUAAAAGUUGUACUCCUAAUGAAGAGCACUGGCCAUUUGUUUGUCUACAGGGCGCUCAUCUAUACUCCAAGAAUUCUCAAAGGUUAUGGGAACAUUUUAGGGACCUGGUGUGAAUGCAAUACAAAGUCAAACCAUGGCAUAGCAUGAAUGAGUUGGUUCCCAAAGUAAAGACAAACCAUGACCCUAGGUUCAGCUGUAACCUGGACAUUUGGUUGAUCAUACUUAAGCUAUGGUUUGUCUCAGUGUUAAGCGUGAACCUGGCCAUAGCUUGUAUCAGUAAAACUGGGAUAUGCCACUCACUAAAAGGUAUGUUUAGUUUUAUAUCUCUUAGUGACAGCUAGAGGUCUUGUUCAUGGUUUUGCGCAACCAUAAAUCCACAGGUCCCACAUGAUAUGAAAGUCAGUAGGUUCUUUGCAUUGCAUUGUUUGAGCAGUGAAAGACAGCAAGCCUGGAUUCAGACUUAACAAUAAACCAUAGUUUAUCAUGAGGAUGAAUCUUCAUAGGGUUUAGAAUCGUGUGUUCCCAUUUCCUCUUUGUUUACAUUCACGAAGAGGAGCUAGCAGUUAGUUACGAAGCAGAAGUUUUCAUUUUCUUGCAAUGUCCAAACUUGGGGAACCAUAGUUUGUUUUAACUAUGAUCACCUAAAGGAAGUAAGGAUCAGAUGACUAAAAAUUGGCAAGGAUUCAGAGGGUUGCAUUUUGCCUACUACAGUAUAUGUAUACAAAGGGCUUUUCAGACCUUUUUUGCUGGAGUCUCUUCAGGUGAGGUGCAAGAUCAAGGGAAGUAAUAGUACCGUUUUGCUCUGCAUUGACCAGACCAUACCUGGAGUACUUUGUCCAGUUCUGGGCACCACAAUUUAAGGAUAUUGACAAGCUGGAAUUUGAAGAGGUGGGGGACCCAAGAUUUUAAAGGGUCUGGAAAUCAAGCCUUAUGAGAUUUUAAAGGGUCUGGAAAUCAAGGAGCUGGCUAUGUUUAGCCUGGAAAAGAGGAAACUCGGAGGAGUAUGAUACACAUCUUUACCUAUCUAAAGAACUCACAUGGAUGAUGGUGCAAACUUGCAUUCAUCAGGAAGAACUUUCUGACGGUAAGAGCUGUCCAACAGUGGAACUGAGUCCCUCGGAAGGUGGUGGACUCUCCUUCUAUUCCAUGGAGGUUUUUAAGAAGAGGUUGGAUAGUCACCUGACAUGGAUGCUUUAGUUGAGAUUCCUGCAUUGCAGAGGGUUGGACUAGAUGACCCAUGGUGCCCUUGCAACUCUACAAUUCUAUGAUUGUAUAGGAAGCCACUCCCCUCUGAGUCCUGGGCUUUAUAGACUCAUCUACCCAUGCAGUUUCUGAAAGCAAAGGGGCACAUGGGUUGCCAGAUGUGAAAUAAAUUGACAUUAUUUUCAACUCACCCACCCCACUAUGUAACCUUUGUCUCUCUAUGGCCUUAUCCACACUGCAUGCCCCACCGCAUUCCCCCAGGAAAACAAGCGGUUUAGCUCUGAAUCGGAGCAAAUGAGAAUUGGGUUUUCUGUGGGUUGCCGUUGGUUCUGAUUUAUUGCUAAAGAGUGGGUUUUCCAAGGGAAAGUGGUGAGGCAAAACCAAAACCACUGGGACUCUUGCCUAGAAAGCACAGUACAAGUGGAAAACCCCUUGGAAACAUGCUUUCUAGGCAUGAGAGAAGCUGGUGUAGAUGAGCCCUCUUAUCCCUCGCUUUCUCUCUCUCCCUGCCUUCUGUUUUUCUUCAUACCCCUCCUUUUCAAUUUAAAAAGACAUUGUCCUGCACUUUAGGAUCCCUGCACACCAAUUUAGGAUCAGUGGCGAGACUCACACAAGUAUGAGAUGGUUCUUCAGCAGAGGUGUGAGAUCUUUUCCCAGUGUUUUUGUCUCCAACCCAUGGCUGCCUUUUACAGUUACCACUGUGCAGUAGUGUACAUAUAACCUUUGUGCUGAUCUACGUCAAUAUAUAAAGCUCUGGUUGUCCAAAUAGUUAGGUUGUUUCCUGCCUCCAGAUAUUCAGCUGUGAGAUUUCUCAGUAUGUGAUUCACAGUGUGUGCGUUUAAAGAGGUAUUCAGAUAUUCAGCUGUGAGAUUUCCCAAUAUGCCAUUCACAGUGUGUGUGUAUUUAAAUAAAUGUGGAAAAAGCAGAAUGAUUGUGUGUGCAUGCAUGUGCAAAGCACUGAACAUGCUUUCUGUACAUGAGACAUUGCCAGAAGAUGAGGAAUCUCUCAGCUGACUUUAAGAUGCCUGGACUAGCUUUUGAAAACAACCACCCAGUCACCUGAACAUGUAAUGUUUGUGUGGGUUGUAUUUGCUAAGGCCCAUUGGAACAGUCAUUAUUAUUGUCUGUCAAACAGCUGAAGAGCACUUACUAAGAACAUUAAAAUAAUUCUGCAUGCAGCCAAGAAUUGACCGUGGACAUCCUAAGCUAGGAACUUCAACACAGGCAUAUCUCUUAUGCUUAUUCAUGAAGGACCCUCUACUUAUCCGGAAUUGCUGGAGAAAUAAACACUGGUGCUUUUUGUACGGUAUCCAGAGUUUGCAGUGCAAGACAACUUCAAAUAUUUUCACAAGUGCAUAGGUAAUCCUAUUUUCUUGCAUUUGAAAGCUUCUACUUUCCCUGUGCUGUGGAGUCCAACUAAUUUGGUGUUGGUUGGGCUUUCAAAACCUGCUGUUUGCUUUCCAAUCCAACACUGAAUGCUUGUGCCCUUUAUAUUCUGCAUUAUUAUGGUAUGCUCUGAAGUGCAAAUGCAAGAUUUUCCCAGAUAAAUUCGUCUCAGAGUGGAGCAAAGCUGGAGAUGUUGCUGAUUAAAUUUAGGACAGCAGAACAGAGCACACUAUGGCUGAAAGAUCAAAUGAAAAUGCUCUGUUUGUUGCUUAAUGAUGCCAUUUGCUUGGCUGGUUAAAUAAAUAAACAAAUGGUAGGCCUGGAACGGAGGCGGGAGAAGGAGAAACCACAAGGAAGAAUAGAUCAGUGAGUGACACUCAGGUCUCAGCAGGGUGUCUUUUUCUCAGCUGUUUGUUCCCCCCCUGUGCCAACCCUGAAAUUAAAAGUGCAUGUAAACUUGAAUGUUUUCCAAACAUUCCUUACAGAGAGAUUCACUUGGACAAGGAAAUAAAGUACCAAGAAAGGGAAAGGCAUGAUGGAACUAAAGAGGUGCAGUGCCAAGCAGCUGGGUCAUGGCAGUCCAACUUUUCAUAUUGGGCUGCCCAGUGCCUUGUCACGCAGUGGGCCAAAAUUCGGUGCCCCCACCAGUCCUCAUGCCACCUUGCCAAGGCUGGAUAAGUGAGGCACUGGGCUUUGGGAAGGAGGUGCAAGGCUCCGGCAGGGGCCUGUAGCCCUCCAGGUCCUUCCCAAAGCUGGGAAGUACUAACUAGGCUUUGGGAAGGACAUGAUGGGAGGACUUUAGGACCUAGUCAGAGCCCCCAGGCCUCCUCCUCAGAGCCCAGCACCUUGCUUACCUGACUUUGAGAAGGCACUGUGAGUCCUUUGGUGGUGGUGGAGCAUCAGAUGUUUCUGAGGACCACCAAAAUGGUCUUAAGGGCCACAUGUUGGACUGCUCUGAGAUAGAUUAUUAGACUUCCUCCCUGCAAAAUGUGGAAGCUAAUCACUUUCAGUACAUCUUUCUGGGCAAAACUACAUAUGUGAGUUGUAGGACCGGUUUGGAAGUGUCACAGCAAGACUUCUUAUUUCCUGAGGCAAUUAAAAAAUGGUUCUGUGCAUAUGCAGGGCAGUUCUUUUUGAACUGGGCAAAAGCUUGCUGCAGAGCACUCUGAUGUUUUAAAUAUGCUCCAUUUUCAGUCUUUUUGGUGAUGCGUGGAAUAGGUUGUAUAUGAAGUUUCAGCUGACUGGCUUGGAAGUCCCAUAAAUGUUAGAGUAUGAUUUCACCAUCAGUUUGAGGAAGCUACAUUCAGAAAGUUUCCUUUUAAAAACUUUUCCAAAAUAAGAAGAGUAUGCAUUAUGUAUGUGCAAAAUUUAUCUCCCCCCCCCCCCAGUGGCCUGAAAAUAUCUUAAAUUUGGGGACAUACACUUAUUGGCCCCUGUUUUGAAGGAUAAGUUUACCAAUGCUCUUUUUAAAGACUUACUAGGGUACCAGACUCUGUGUGCACCAAAGCUCAGUUUCCUAGUUAAAGUAAGAACAGUUCCAUCAUUUUCAAGUUCCUUGCUGCAAGUGGGUGAGAUAUCUACAAAUGGCUUAUUUCGAUUUUUUUCUAGUAUUCGGGGUCCAUUGGACUAUUUGUUAAGGGUCUAGCUCAUUGGGAAGAAACAACGCCUCCAUGAAAAUAUUAUUUGUGCUUUUAUAUCCAUAAGGACACUUCAGCAGCUCCAACGAAUAUGUGAAGCUCAAGGUUACCAGCUCCUGAAGUGCUAAGAUUGGAGUUGGUGCCAGGUUCAUACACACCUGCAGAAAGUAAUGACUCAGUGGUAGAGCAUUUGCUUGGCAUGCAGAAGGUCCCAGGUUCGGUCCCUAGCAUCUCUGGGUAGGGAUGUUUGAAAUGCUGGAGAACAGCUUCCAGUCAGUGUAUACAAUACUGAACUAGACGGACCUUUGGUCUUCCCAUAAGGCAGCUUUCUAUGUUCCUACUGCAGCUGAAAAACCCUGGUAGUUCUUGAAAAAAGAAAAGUCUACCAAGCAAGUUUUGCAAGCACACCGGGCUCCAAAACCUCCCGUGCUGUUGGUGUGGGAACAUCACAUCCCUGAGGCAUUUUAUUCACAAGUUUAAUAUGGCUCCACACACUAACCAUGAUAAGUUCCUUGCAGAACUGAAGUGGGACCAAGCAACAAAUAAAAGCGUAUUCCUGGCAGUCCCAAGUUAGCCUAAGAGCAUCCUGGCUGGAUUGUUCAGGAAAUACCUUCCAAUUAACACCCAGCUCCUGAGAAUCUUUUUGGUUGUAUUAAGUCCUUAUUAGUAAUUUUCCUAGUAGCAAAUAAUUUCUGGUCUAUAGGUUUUGCAACAUCUUGGCUUUGUGAAAAACUAAUGUUUGGAAACCAAAUGGGUGCAUUUAUAACAAACCUUUUUUUUUGGAAGUUUUGUAGGUUGCAUUUUUUGGUCCCAUUGAAUAAAAAUAUUCUGAACAGACCAUAUAUGGUGUAUUUGGUUCAUCUUUCCAAACAAUUAGAAAACCAUCCCUUAUUCAGUAAAUUCUGGGCUUAUGGGAAAUGUUUAAAUGAAUGCUUUGCAAUUGAUUUUAAGGGGUGCAUUGCCGGUAACUUUAAGCUCUACAGAAUUAAUGAUGUAUAUGAAUGAUGUAUGUUGGCCAUAAGCCCAGCAUCCUUCUGUCAAAGAGAAACAAGUUCAGCUUCUUGUUGUAUGUUCCCAUGUAGGUACAGUCUGUGCCUGUGCAAGCUUAAAAUGUAAUUGGGGCACACUUUGGCUGGGAUUCAAAAUGCUGAUAAAGCAUCUUUCUUUAACUGAAGAAACCUUGAAGAAAAAGCAUAGGCAAUUCACUUUUUCAGAUUUUUUUACAGCAAUCAUGUGGGAAGGAAACUUAUUUUAAAAUAACAUUUGGCCUUUUUCAGCAUGCAGAUUCUCCACUUGUGCUUCAGAGAAGGGGGAAAUUCCAGAGAUAAUAUAUCUUACAAAAUUCCUUUUACUGCUUUUAUCUCAUAAUUCAGGGCCUUUAGCUAAGAGUCAUGUUAUGCUAAAUGGUAAAUUACACUUACAGUAGGGCACAAGUGUAUUAGGGGGAAUCAGUAACUGGACAGAGACCAGUGCCUAGAAUAAAAGAAAGUACAACUUAUUACGAAAGACAACGAUAGUUUAAACUAUAGGUUGUUGCAGGAUAAAAAGGAUGAUCCAAGCUGGACUGGCAACUUUGGGAUCAAAUCUACGAGAUGGUAGAGACUGGAGGGAUCGGUUUAACAAAAUGUUAAACCACCGAGAAAACACAGAAACACAGAAAAACAUAACAAAGUAAAAAACAAAAUACAUUCUUGGGUUAAACACAUUUUUUGGGAAUUAAGUUGUGUUAAGUAAAAUAAAUGAACAAACAGAUAUACUGUAGUGUUUUUUUACAGUAUAUUUUUUACAUUUUUUACAUUUUAUACAUAGAGAAUUGGAUGAAUUGUCAGCCUAGUAGCCCAUCUGAAACUUACAAGAUAUCAGAAAAACGUACAAGGAUUUCUGUGCUAAGUGUUUUCACAGUUGGGGUUUUUUAUAAUGUAAUAUAAACAUUCAGAAAUAUCAUACUCCAUUUGCAGCUGGAAGCAGUACAGUCCACUCUUCCCCCUCAUUCUGCUGCAUGUGUAGACCAUACUACAGUUUCCACAUGUAAAGGAGCACACUGCGUCUAUCCUGUAGAAGAAUCUUCAGAACAUGGAGAACAACAAAAAGAGACAAAAAUGUGAAAAACACCGGAUGCCACAAAGCAAGAUAACAUCAGCUUGUUUUGGAAAACAUUGAACUGCUGGCAUCAAGUAGGAUGGCUGCUUCACGCCAUCUGUGUAAUAUUAUAUUCUAUAUUAUACUAUUACCCUUUGACCUUUAAUUAAUGUCAGUCCUUCAGGCUGGGAGUCACAUUAAAAUGCAUUUUUCCAGUACAUGUGUCGUGUGCAUGCAGCGGUAGUGGCUUGCUUGAAGCCAUUGUGUGAGUACAUUUAUUUAUUUAUUUACAUUUCUCUGCCAAUACACUCCCAAGUGGUUUGCAAGCCAAAAUAAUGUUUAGUUUAAAAUCUAAUAAUUGGAGGGUGGGGGGGCACGGUAAGCAAAUGCAGAUAGCAACUCAUGCGUAAGACCUCAGAUAAUAAAAUCGGGGCAGGAGAUAGUUCUGAGUGAAGAAAAGCCAAAUGGCAGGUAAUAUUAGCUAGACUGCUGGAGGGGGUCUUGAUAGAGGGGGCUGUUGAUAGAAACAGUUCUGUGAAAACUUUCAGUGCAGUAGCCAUGCUUAGGGCCAAAAACUACAUGUACACUUGCAGAAGUGACAUGGUGUUACAUGUAUAUGUGUUAAAUUGCACAUAGCAGCUGGCAGGUGCUCUAAGAAUUGGGGAUACAACCUAUGGGGAGGGAGGUGUUAACCAAUUAUUCCUCUGAUACUGUUGAAAAGCCCUUCCCAAGCUGGUCUUUGGCACAGGUAAGGUAAAAGUAAAGAGACCCCUGACCGUUAGGUCCAGUCGUGGCCAAUUCUGGGGUUGCGGCGCUCAUCUCGCUUUAUUGGCCAAGGGAGCCGGCGUACAGCUUCCAGGUCAUGUAGCCAGCAUGACUAAGCCACUUCUGGCGAACCAGAGCAGCGCAUGGUAAUGCCGUUUACCUUACCGCCGGAGCAGUACCUAUUUACCUACUUGAACUUUGACGUGCUUUCGAACUGCUAGGUGGGCAGGAGCAGGGACCAAGCAACAGGAGCUCACCCCGUUGCAGGGAUUCGAACCGCCGACCUGAUCGGCAAGUCCUAGGCUCUGUGGUUUAACCCACAGUGCCACCCGUGUCCCUCCCCUUUGGCACAGGAGGAAACUCCUAUUGGCGACUCCAAUAGAAGUUGAGUAUCAGAAGCUUCUCACCUCUGUAUUCCAUGCUUGACAAAGGUUUUCCUUUUCCACUGCUCUUAAAGACACAGGCGCCCUGCCCUUUAACCUGACAUUUGCGUUGCAAAUUAAUUUUAAGGUCAAACACUAGAAUAUAUCUUGCCUACUUAAAAUAGUUAAAACUGAUGUGUUACCAAUUUGUAAGGACAUACAGCCAUCAGUAUUUAAUAUUAGGAGUUUUAUGGGGUGGCAAGUGUCCUGCCACUUCCAUUUCGAUUUUACUUUAUGCACUGCAUUGAGCCUUGGUCCGUGAAAGCUUGAUAUUUUCUACUUUAUUAGUGAGAGUGUGUGACAGAUUUAUAAGCAAAACCAAGUCCCUGAAUAUCUGUUGGCUCAUGUUUCCUGAUAAUUGAGGCCUUCCUUCAUUCAGUUGUUUUUUAAACCAGCAGGUGCUGAUUAAAAUGUAAGUUUUGUUAGUUCGUUUUCUGUGGGAUCGGGACAUUUGGCUUUCUUUUUAGGAAUGUUUAGAGCAUUGUUUCCCAGAGUGACAGCUAAAUUAAAUAUCAAAGUUAACACUCAGCUUUCUUUAAAAAAUGACUGUGAAUUGUCAUAAGAAGAGCCCUGCAAUAUUAGAUCCAUCUAGUCCACUAUUCUCUUUACCGCAAUGGCCCAGAUUCCUACGAGAAGACCAAAAACUACAGUUGACAUUUAACUUCAGAAUGUGGGAAAUAAACAGGGGGAUGGAUCCAGACUCAGUUAGCUGUCUCUUAGGCCCCUUUGAUAUCAGUUGGACUUAAAUUUUGACAAGUUUUCAGAAUGCUGUCAAUGAGAUCUAAAUUAAACUAAUUCUUCUUCCAACCCAUAGUGUUGAUUUCAAUUUAACAGCUUCUGUUUCAUUUCUUCUACAGACAAUUGAACAGUUGUAUAACAUAAAGAGAAUGGAGGCGCAGAGACUUCCUUGUCCUCCAGCGUCACUAAAAGAUCAGCCAGUUCAGCUCUCUUGCCUUCAAGCAGUGCCAGCAGCAUCAAAUCUCUCACUCAGUCCGGUGGUCCUUCAGCCAGAACAAGGUGUCUCCCAGACUAUAUAUCUGAAAGCCGUUACCAUACCAUUUUAUCAACCUACCCAGGCAGAAUGUCAUCAUCCAAACAACAGACUGCCCACAGGCCGAACCAGUAUCAACUUAGACAGCACUAAUAUGCCUUUAAUCGUAAGCCCAGUUUUACAUUCAGAGGGGACAGAUCAACUUCAGGCAGUCAUUCAGACGCAACCUAGGACAAUAAAUAUAAUUAGUGGUUUAUCGGUUUUGCCACAAAAUCCUUCUCCAUGCCUGCCACUUGGAAGCCCAGGGAAAUCCAAAAGUGCUGGGAAGUACCUCUGUAAACAUUGUGGCCGUGAUUGCGUAAAACCAAGUGUUCUUGAGAAACACAUGCGCUCACAUACAGGUGAGAGACCUUUUCCGUGUACUACGUGUGGCAUUGCAUUUAAAACUCAAAGCAAUUUGUAUAAACAUAGGAGAUCCCAAACACAUGUAAACAAUGCCAGGCAGCCCUCGGAAUCUGACAACAGUAGUACAUUAGAAGAGAACGAGAAGGUGUCUGAAAGUGUUGGAGCUCUCCAGACAACAAAAGCCAACAAUAGAAACUGUGACCAGCCAAGGACAUUGAUUAAACAAGCCAUUUCAGAGUCCACAGAUGUGUUAACUAGGGAGAAGCACCUUCCUGAUGCUUCUUUGCCGGCAGUGAAUGCUUUAUUCCUUGGAUCUGAAAACCAGUGGAUGACAGCGGACAACUAUCAUGGAGGGCUAAGUCAGAAUGCCCUUGAGAAAGAGACCAUGAAAGAUCCAUUGAAUUCGCUCCAGAGAAGAAAGAUUCAGGAGCAAAGGUCUCCAACUGUCAGUAAGCACAGUCAGCUACAGAGGCAGCAAGCCACGUACUCGGAGAAGCUAUGGGACAGCAGAUCUCCAGACUACAAGCUGAAGAAAUGUGAAAGCACUGACUCAGGAUACCUGUCACGCUCUGAUAGUGUGGAACAGCAGAUGCUGUCUCCCAGCCCUCUGCACAGUCUUUGUGAGCACAGCAUAGAGUCAGAAAGUGAUACAGCCAUUAGCAACCUCAGGUACACAGCAGGAAAUAGCUCAAAAGUAGAUUUGGCUGAGAAAGCACCAGGAGCCUUAACAUUUGAGAAAAAGAAAUUGGAGGAGCAUAUCUCAAAGCUAAUAUCUCAAAAUAAAGCUGUGGUGGAUGACACCCAACUGGACAAUGUUAGACCCAGGAAAACAGUCCUGUCCAAGCAGGGCAGCAUUGACUUGCCGAUGCCUUAUACGUAUAAAGACUCGUUCCAUUUUGACAUACGGCCCGUUGACAUAAACAGAAAAAAGAACCUUUCUCUGUUCUCAGCCAAGUCUAUAUUCACACCUGUGGAAAAAUCAAAGCCAUUGUUUUUUCACUCGGUCCCCACUCAGUUCUCUACGACAAUUGAUUGCGUGCCUGUUACCAGAAGUAACUCUUUGCCUUUUGUUGAGAGUACUAGGAGGGUACAGGAUCAAAUAGAUAGUUCAAAAUUAACUUCUUUUGCUAGAAUGUCCCCAAACACAAGUUUUUCUGGUUUAUUGCAUAGCAACAACUUUGCUGCAAGUACAGCAGGCUUUCCUAACAGCCACCCCCGAGCACUUGUCAGGCAGGUGGCAGUAGAUGACUUACUGCUAAGUAACAUGACUGAAUCUUCAUCUUCUUCGGAAGAGGUGAAAGGCACUAAGAAGCCUGGAGCUGGGGGGGAAGGAGCAAACGCAAAGUAUAAGAAACCCAGUCAAAGAAAAUUUAAAAUGUUCUCUCAGGAAAAAUGGCAGGUUUAUGGGGAUGAGACAUUUAAGAAAAUCUACCAGAAAAUGAAAAGCAGUCAAAUGACCAAGAAACCAAAGGAAAAUAAGACAGAUACUUCAAGCAUCCAUUUGGAUGCCAAGGAAACAACUAGUCAGGAGGGAGUUACUCUGCCAAGAGAAAGCAGAAGCACCACAAUGGCAGCCAUUUCUGCAAAACUGAAUACUGAAGAAUUGAAAGGCCAUUCUAUCAGUAGUCCUAUAUUGCAAUGUGGUACCUUACAGGAGAGUUCAAGGAGCUUUGCAGAAUCAAUGGAAACAUCAAGUACUGUCAGUGAUUGUGAACACAGUGAUAUGACGAAAACACUUCUGGAACACAGAUACAAAGAAUUGGGUGUUUCAGAGGAAGAAUCAAAUAGCAACACUCAGGUCCAUCCUUUAAGUACCAGUUGUGAACUGAAGUUCCCACUUCAGCAAGCCACAGAUCAAGAGACUGUUACCUCAUUAAACACUGCUAGCUUGCAUAAUACUGGCUCAGAGGAGACAAUUACACAAGAGGGAUUUAUUAAACUUUUGCCCCCAUUACAUGAUGAUAUUUUGACCUGCAAAGGAGAAGAUACUGGUGGAAAAGAAAGCUUUCAACUUAAGCAGGGGGGCUUACCACCACAGCAGUGUGACAGCAGUGAGCCAGUGCAGACACUUCAAAAGUUACCCUCAGAGAGAAAAAAGUUAAAAGUGGAUAAACUGAAGAGCAAAGAAAAUACAAAACUAAAAGUCAGUAUUGGUCACAGCAGCUCAGAAGAGAGAACUGUGAAACCACUAGACCAUUACAAACUUCUUAAUAUGGUUGCUCCAGUAUCAGUAAGUCAUUCAGUUAAAGGAGAAAAGCAGACAGGAACAGUAGGAGCAAAUGCAUCAGGUGGCAACAUGGAAUAUGAGGAAGCAGUCAAAUAUCCCGUAAUGGUUUCUAAUAAUAAGGAUGAUGUUGCUAAUCUCACUGAUAAAGCAAGUGUACCAGCAUUUUCAUUUUCUGAACAACUCAAGGCUGGGAUAAAAAAGGAGCACACCUGCAAUUCAUCUGCUUUACAAAAACUGACAGAAAACCCAUGUCCGAUGAUAACGGGGACAGAAAUGUCAUAUCAGAGUGGAGAUACAGCACCACCCCACACACAACAUACAGUAGUUGAUCAAGCAGCUCCACAUCUAAAGAAAAAUGAAUUUCUCCCAAAGUAUAUCCUAAAAUGUGCACAAGAAGCGAAUAGUACAGACAUGCCAUUAAUUCUAGCAGGAGUGUCAAAGGAAAUGCCCUGUAUUUCACUGCCCUGCACGUCAACUGACUCCUCUUCCCUUGCCAGUAACAAUAGAUCAGUUGGAACCAGCUCCACAGAUGUAUUUUUGUGCCCUUUGCAAUUGGAACUGAGUCAUCCGAACAGAACAAAAGAGCUAAAAGGGGAAGUACAUACAACACUGAAGUCUCUGGUAGUUUGCUCACCAGCUAUCCUAGAAACCACCAGCAUCACAACCAGGUUAGACAGAAGAUGCCAUCUACAGAAUGUCAGGCAGAAGGAGAAGACGAAAGAUGAGGGGAAAGGAGCCAAUAAUGGAGACCAUUUAGAUGAUCAAAAGCUACCACAGGAAGGGGAUGGGCGUGUGAUUGUUUGUACAUCACAGAUGCCAGGGGGGAAAAUAUACUUUACAUCUAUGUAUAGAGGAGGGUUUCUUAUAUCUUCGGACAUGACAGGGCAGAGUCCCGCCCUUCAGUUAAUACACUCAGGGAACAGUUCGGUUCUAUCUGUGUCUUCAUUGGUGGAAAGGGCAGUUUUUUGUGGAAACACAGACACAAAAAUCACGGAAUGGCAAUCGGCUGUUAACCCUUUUCCAGGAUUUCAAGAUCUGUCCAGCUGUUCGGUCGAUAGUUCCAAAUGCCUUUGCCAUUCCUCGGACACGCUUUAUUGCCAUGUGCUCUGCACCCAACAGAAGGAAGUCUGCACGCUGUCCCAGUUAAGUGCAGUUUCUCGUGCAGGAAACUUGAAAGUUCCGAGCUUGAAUAUAUCCUUCCCAACUCUAAAUGCGGAGCCUCAGUUAACGUGGUGUUGCUUAUCUAGAAACCUCCCUCUUCCUGUUGAGCAGAUGGAGAAGAAAGAUUCUGCUUAUUCUUCCCUGCAUACCUGCAAAAAUGAAAGCAUGGUGUCAAAAUGUAGUCUUUCCUUUUGCCAAAUGAAAAGUACCAAGAAGGCUGCUAGCCAAGGCUUGACGACUGGGACCCCCAAAGCACCAGUCACUUGCUUUUCACAGAAGCAGCAGGUAGAGAAGGUAAUUCCUUUACUCCCUUCCUUCCCAAAUAGAGGAAUAUCACAUUGUACCUAGAAUAAAAUGGAAGAAUGGUGGUUAAGGAGCAUGCUCAUAUGUUAUCUUGUUAGUACUUAAUACUAGCAGCGUAUGAUCGAUUCAUACUCUGAUAUCCAAGGGCCAUGGGGCCAUCCAUGACAAACAUUGGUUGAUACCCUCAAAACACCUACCCUCAAAAUCACCUACCUUAAUAGAGCUCUCAGUGACGGUUAUGACAUGCUUUUCAUGGGUUGUAGUAUCUAACUAAGAGGUUUCCAACUUUUUUUAGUCCACAGCUCCCUUGACCAACUACAUUCUUCCUGCAGCACCCCUGUGGGGCUCAGGAGCCCAGUUAUGUCACCCCUUGCCUGCAUAACAGGCAGCAUCUCACCCUUCUACGAACACCUUCCCUUGUGGAGUUUUCCCUCAGCCUGCUCACUUCUCCCCCUCUACUUGGGAGUCCUCUGGGCAGCUGUUGCUACCGUCCCUGAUCUCUGAUCUCUCUCUCUCUCUAGCGCUCUAUAUAUGGGUUAAAUUCUUCCAUAAUUUUGGUGGUUUAAAAAAUUACAUUUAUCUUGCCAUUUUGUUUUGUUUUUUAUAUUUGUAGCAGUGCUUUACAACAACUGGAUUUGAUGUGCUGUUAAAAGACAUUCCAGAGGCAGAAGAGGCAAAAGAAAAGCUUAACAAAGUGAGAGGACUCUCAGCCAAUAAAGGAAAGAGAAGCCGUAAAAGGAAAAAAAUGAAGAUCAGUCAAAAACGGUGAGAAAUAUCGGGGUUAGCUUCAAUCUAAUAGAAAAAUCAUUUUCUCUGGAUAUGUGUAGUAUUUACAAACAUGGCAUGGUGGUAGCUCCAGAUGUACUGUUCAUGAUGUCUUUUUCUCUCAGAACAAAAGUGCAUGUGUGUAGCUCUGUGGGUAGAAGUUUCAUUGAUGGUGUUCUCGUUGCAACAGCAACUAAAAUGCGAAAAACCGGACUUUGUACCUGGUCAGGGCUGGUCUGUCCUGAUGUGGCUGCCUCGGGUGCUCCCCCACUGCCUCCUCUGGAGAGGUUCCUGUGAGCUUCCUGAGACCAUGGUAAAUGAGGUGCUUCAGCAACCCCAAUAAACAAGGGAGCCAUGAACAAGGCGGCACAUUCCUAUUUUGCCUCAGGUGGUGAAACAGGAUGGGCUGCCCCUGGUCCUGGCUAUUUAUGAUUAUAUUUGUCUCUGUAACUAUUCUCUACUGGGACGCGGGUGGUGCUGUGAGUUAAACCACAGAGCCUAGGACUUGCUGAUCAGAAGGUUGGCGGUUCGAAUCCCCGCGACGGGGUGAGCUCCCGUUGCUCGGUCCCAGCUCCUGCCAACCUAGCAGUUCGAAAACACGUCAAAGUGCAAGUAGAUAAAUAGGUACCGCUCCGGCGGGAAGGUAAACGGUGUUUCCGUGCACUGCUCUGGUUCGCCAGAAGCGUCUUAGUCAUGCUGGCCACAUGACCCGGAAGCGGUACGCCGGCUCCAUCGCCCAAUAAAGCGAGAUGAGCGCCGCAACCCCAGAGUCGGCCACAACUGGACCUAAUGGUCAGGGGUCCCUUUAUCUUUAACUAUUCUCUGGCUCCCCCGUGUAAACAAAAUAACUGAGUUCAUAAAGGAGAGAGAAGAAAGAGAGGUAACAAAGAAGGUGGGAGAGGAGAGAGCAAAUAAUAGAUGCCAAAGGAAGUACAGAUGAAGGUAUCUUCUCCCUUUACACCUCAGCAUGGCUGAUAAAUCCUGAAAUUUGACAAGCACUGUUUAAUUGCAGUGCUCGUAUAAUGUUACAUAAGAGCUGCCAUAAAACACAAUGUGAUCAGCAUGGGUGUAGUCCUGAAUCUCAUAUCUGUAGUAACAUCAGAUUAGACCACGCAUGAAGUCACCCUUGCCAUUUGCAAUAUGGUUAAAAGAAAACUGAAUUAGGCCAAAUGGUUUUUGGACGAAAAUUUGCUUUCUGAUCGUAACUGACUGAACUCAGACAAAACAGAUGGUAUCAUCAAGAACACUUAAAGUGAAGAAUACAUAUGGAGCCACAUUGUGACUUGGAACACAUGUUAUGUGGCUACCCUUGUCCCAAGUAGAAGAUUAGCUGGCAUUUUUGGCGUCAUAGGCAACUAAGUUCAAGAAAGAGUUAUGUGUGGGUUUGAUUGGUCACCAAAUUUCAGUUUACAAUAAUGAAGCAAAAUGUAUGGGUCUUCAGGCCAAGUCUUCAGCAGGGAUAAAUCGCCUCUUUGGUGGCCUUAACUGGAUUAAUGUUAAAUUGCAGAUAUGCUUUCAUAUGCGUCAUUAUUGAUUUCAAGUUAUUGGCAAGCACUACAGAACAAAUUAUGGUUUCAUUACAAAACGGGAAAGGCAAUAUUUUCAGUAUUAGUCAUUUAAAGCAUAUUUUAUCCUGCUUUUCAGUCAUUUUAGAGUCUAAAAGGUGAGAACUGGAAUGUUAAGAACCUGUUGUCUCAUACAAAAGCCGUAUUAGACAGAUGAUCCACAAGAUGUAUGCUUCCCACUCUUGCUUGAUCUGCUUCUGUGAACUGUUGUAUAUCAGGGGCUGGAAUGUUGCUUAGAGCUGGAAUCUCUACUUCAGCCACUAGGUUUCGGGGUGAACGUACUGCUGUGUUUCCAAUCUGUGCAUGUCCUAUAACUUCCUGCUGAAAUCCAGUAACUUUUAUACCAUACAUGGUUGGGUUGGGUUUUUAAAUUCCUGGUUCUGCUUUUUUUUUGGUGCACUUUAGUGCAGGAGUUCCCCUGCAGAUGGCAGUAAUGUGGUAACAUUGGAGAAGCACCACAGAACAACUAAUGAAGUAGAACCAUGUGUGGAUGGUCCAUUGUAGAUCCAUCACUAAUGCACAGUUAUUGCAUCAUCAGUAGCAUGUUGCAGAACACACCUGCACAAAAGCACCAAUCCGGAAGGGCCCUCCAUUGCUUGUGAUGACAUGUGGCCCUCGGAAAACAAGGUCAUAAAGCAUUCCAAAGACAUAAACCUGUAUAUUUUACUUUGUAGAUAUAAGGGGAGUUAUGGACAUAGACACAUUCUGCUGAAAACCAACAGACUGGGCAAGCAACGCUGGCCAGCAAACAGGCCCCUGGAGACCCCCAAAAGGCGUCCCAAUUCCCACACAUCCGACAGCCAUGAACCUUGUGGAAAAUGGUCCUGUCUUCCAACAGCCUCUCAAGGUAAGGUUAGCUCUCCAUGACUACUACUACUACUACUACUACUACUACUACUACUACUUCCUCUUUUUCUUCUUCUUCUUCAUUUUAUUUCUAUACAGUGGUACCUCGGGUUACAGACGCUUCAGGUUACAGACUCCACCAACCCAUAAAUAGUACUUCAGGUUAAGAACUUUGCUUCAGGAUGAGAACAGAAAUCAGGCGGCGGCUGCGCGGCUGCAGCAGGAGGCCCCAUUAGCUAAAGUGGUACCUCAGGUUAAGAACAGUUUCAGGUUAAGAACAGACCUCCAGAACAAAUUAAGUUCUUAACCCAAGGUUCCACUGUACUGCUUUAUAUUUUUAAGAAAAAUCUCAAAGCGGUUUACAGAAUAUUAAAACAUCAAUAACACACCAAUAACACAAUCAGAAGAAAUUCAAAUAUAGAGUAUACAGGCAAAGAAACAUAAUUAACAGAAAACUAAAAUAUUAGCUUAAAGAUUUCAAAAUAAAACAUUACAAAGGAGAUCAACUACAGAAUACAUAUUUAACACAAAGUUAACAAAAAAAAUCAUAAACAUUUCCAAAAGAAAAAUCAAAUAUAAAAUGCACAUUUAAAACAGCAUGAUUAACAAGAGAAUAAAAUAAGCAUGACAUGGCUGUUUGGCAGGCACAAAAAAAUGGGGCAAAAUAAUCCAGUCGUUACGGUUUGUUGUCAGGCAUAGCGAUGUCCUUCUGGUCUCACCAGGAGCCUCUUUAGUGGAGCUGGGUGAGUCUGGGCCCCACCCCCUAGGCCAGAUGGAAAGGGCCUGGCGGGGGGGUGGCCUUCACGACUCACACCCAGGCGACGUCCCUCUGGUCUCACCAGGAGAUAAUAAUUGGAAGCACAUCAUUACUCCAGUCCAGCUGGAUGGUUUGGUGACUGACCCCAGACUAUUCUCAGCUCAAAUGCAGCUGCUCCUUACUGCUUCAUGCAUCCAUGUGUACUACAUGUGUUUGGGAAGGGCUCGUAGGUCAGUGGGAGAAUAGCUGCUUUGAAUGCAGAAGGUCCAAAUUCAAUCUCUCUCACAGAGGCGGGGGUACUCUGCCAGUGGUGCAUGUCCCAGGGGUGUGUGCCAGCAGCAGGGAGCAUCCAGGGUGGGUGGGUGUGUACCACCUGCGGCCAUGUCACCCCCCUUAGGUAUGGCACCCGGGGUGUACCGCACCCACCUUGCUCUGCCUCUGCUCACAGAGGGAUGCUGACUCCUGCUAAAUACCUAGUUCUCUCUUCCUGUCAGCACAAGAAUUUUCACUUGUGCAAUAGGACUCCCCAUGUGUUCCCUACAUCCUUCCCAAAUAAGCCUUGGAGGGUUGGGGAAACCCCUAAGAUAGAUUUAGGGGACAUGCAAUGGCGAUAAAAGCCCAGUGUGCAAGCUUAAAUGGUUGUGCUGGUGGGAGGCUUACAUAGCGCUGCAUUGGUCAUGUUCAAGUGGCAUUCCUCCACAGCUCCCUUCAUGGCAGCUUCACUGUCUUUUCCUCUUAAUUCAAGGCUCAUAUGAAAGAUAGCCCUGGCACAGAUGGUUACAUGCCACAUUCUUAAUUACGUCAAGUAAGCAUCUAAUAGAAGGGACGCAGGUGGCGCUGUGGGUUAAAGCAUAGAGGCUAGGGCUUGCCGAUCAGAAGGUCGGCGGUUUGAAUCCCCGCGACGGAGGCUUCCGGGUUAGCGCCAUCGGCAAUGGCGGAGUUCCUCUGACCGAGAGGAACCCGCUCCGUGAAAAUCGGGUCUUGCCGCUGCGGCGAAGGCGGAGACCCUCUAAAAAUCCCAGGCGGAGGAAGCCUGGGAACGUGGGAUUCGGCUGACACCAGGAGCGCCUCCCCUACUCGCAGGGAAACCCUUUUUCGGGGAUCUGAAGCGACGUGGGGUGAGUGGCGCGGUGUUUUGAAUCAACCACUACUUUUACGGAGUGAAGCCGCACAGCCGUUGCCGGAGAGCGCUGACUUUUUCCUGUGGACAAUUGGACUCUAAACAAGUACCCGUGAGUAGAACGGAAAAUUGGAUUAAGAAAUAUUUUAAUUUGGCACUGAAGCGGGAAGGCUCUAAACAGGAAGUCCGCCUCCCGUUUUUUGUAAAUAGAUUGAAGCAAAAACUUUGUAAGCUAAAGUCUGGAAAGUCAUAUAUAAAGGUCUAAAUUUCCUUCAGUUAUUACCACCAAAACCCCUCUUGGAAGCAGGAGAAAAGGGGGGGAAUUUUUGACUGUUUCAGCCUGCAGGAGAGAGAGUAAAGAAAGAUAAAUUUCCACCGUCUCAAACCUGGGAACGGGGUGUCAGAGACAGAAAUUUAUGGGGAAGUUCAUCGACUGUGAAUGGAACGUCUUUUGACAGAUAGUAAAAAAGAGAAACAAAUUGACUCCACUGUUGCUUCUUGCAUUCAAAAGAAACAAAGUAUUUGAAAAAUGAAAGUAAUUUUCUUUUGUUGGUCCUGCUUUCAAAAGAUGGAUACAAAUAGAAAUUGUCUCCUCUAGAGGGAGCUUGUUAAUUUGUUGCCGGAGUCGAUCUGGGGAUUUCACAGCUGUAAGAUUAGGAUCGUGAGACCAGACUCUGACCUUGAAUAAAAAUGUGUUUAGAAGAAGUUUUGGUGCUUGCUUUUUGUAAGACAAGCGCUUUGUUGGAGCAGAUGCAUGAGAAGAUGGAUUUGAUGACUGUUGCAGUUAAAAACUUUGGACAAACGGCGAAUACCCAUAUAGAAACCAUUCAGGAACCAGCCCAGGAACUUGUUUUGACAGGGCAAGUGCAAGUGCAGAAGAUAAUGGAGGAGGUUGCUGUUGAACCUCAAGCAACACAAAUGGAGAGAUCCAAGGCCUUGCAGGAGCAUAAGCCGCUGUUCUUGAAGUUUGAAUCUGGAGUGGACCAGGGGGGGUCUGGAGUUGUGAGGGCUCUUAAUUUUGGAAGGACUUUGAAACAUGCUUUUAAAUACUUUCUGGAUUACAGUGUUGACUGGGGGGAAUGGGACUGAUCUGCUGAGGAGAGAUGGAGAUAUUUUUGGAUUGGAGUCCCCCCGAGACCUACCCCCCAAUGAGAAAGGAAAUAAAUUAAGAAAAAGAUCAACAAAAGACAAAGUAAAGUGCAGGUAUAAACAAGAAGAAGAUCUGCAGAAGGGACAUUGAAAAGACUUAAGAGCCUCGGACAUAAGAUCACCAGGUUGAUGGACUAGAUGGAAUGGACAAGAAGGACUGACAAAACCCGAGACCAAGAAGAAGAGACGUUGGAUGAAGAUUGGAAGAAAGUUUUAAAAAAAAUUAUUUUGAGAAUUAGUGUAAAAUUAACGAGUAUUAGGAAAAAUGUUGGAAUGAAACUAUUUGGCUUUAGUAGAAAUGAUAUAAGGAGUUAUGUACAUUAAGUUUUAAGUUUUAAGGUGUUUUUUUUAUGGUAAGAUAAGGUUAAAUAAAUUAAGGUAAAUUGAAUGACAGAAUAUAGUGAAAGAUGGAAAGGAUUUGUUGAGUUAAUUAAAAGGUUAGAUUGUUAAGAUAAAUUAUAUAACAAAAAUUGAGAAAGAUGAAAAGAAUUUGCUGAAACAAUUAAUUAAAUUAGAAUACAAAAAGGGAGGUGUGAGGAGGUUGAUGAAACAAGUAAAUGAAAGAUAAAGAUAUGGAACAUUGGAUGUGUGUUUUAAUGUUAUUGUGUUUUUCUUUUUUGCUGUAUUGUAUUGUUUUUUAUGCUUUUCUUUUCAUGUAUUGUAAUGUAUGCUUUGUCAAUUUUUUUGCUGUUUUCUUUUUCUCUUUUUUCUGUAAUUCUUAAACUUUUAAUAAAUAUGAUUUUAAAAAAAAAUGAAUCCCUGCGACAGGGUGAGCUCCCGUUGCUCUGUCCCUGCUCCUGCCAACCUAGCAGUUCGAAAGCACGAAGUGCAAGUAGAUAAAUAGGUACUGCUCCGGCGGGAAGGUAAACGGUGUUCCCGUGUGCUUCUCUGGUUCGCCAGAAGCGGCUUAGUCAUGCUGGCCGCAUGACCUGGAAGCUGUACGCUGGCUCCCUCAGCCAGUAAAGCGAGAUGAGCACCACAACCCCAGAGUCGGUCACGACUGGACCUAAUGGUCAGGGGUCCCUUUACCUUUAAGCAUCUAAUAGAACAUUUGCUCUUGGAUGCAGGUGAAAAUUUUUGAAGAUGCCAAUUCUUGGCCAUGCUGUCUAAGUUGUCAAGUCUAAGUCAUUGUAUGUACUUACACUACACUGCUUAAAAUGGAUGCACAAGUAUUCAGAUUUGAAAUGGCAUGUCAAGGUGUCUGGUACCAGACAACCGAUACCAAGAGCAUGAGAAAUGUACUUGCAUUAAUUUUGAGUCAAGUGCAGAAGUACUUUAAUUCCCAUUGGGCCACAUAUGGUGCUAGUACAGGGAUGGGGAACCUGUGGUCCUCCUGCAGUUGGACUACAACCCCCAUCAUUCCUCAUCAUUUACUGUGCUGGCUGGAGCUGAUGGGAGUUGGGAUUCAAUAACACCUUGAGGGCCACAGGCUCCCCAUCUCUAUAGCAGUGUGUCCCAGGGCCCCCACUUAACACUGUCUGUCUUUGAAUUAAAGUAGAGGCUUGGGGCAGUUUCCAUUUCAGCACAGAUUCUCCUUGCUUCCACAUCUUUUCCCUUUUUAAUCAUCUCUGUUUAGCUCUUUGGUACCGGUUUCCUUGGAGACAUGAACUAGUAAUUGCUGCACUAAGGAGUGUAAGCUGUUUUUCAAGGGAUGAGUAUCUACGAGGCCCAGCUUUUCUAUUGCUAAAGGAUAUAUCGAAGCCAGCAUAGCAUUUGUUUUCCAGCCUUUCUCUUGAUCAUUUAGAUUGAAACUAUAAGGCUGACAGUAUUACACAGGAUGGAUUUUACAAUAAAGUGCUUUCAGCUUCCAUGGAUGGAAGUAUGAAAACAUGGACUAUGGAGCUGAGAAUUAUUAAACCAUUAUUUCCAUCAUGUUUUUAAAAAAGGGUAUUAAUAGGUUUAAUCAUACGUUCCCUGGUUACUUUGUUUCUGUGUGUUAUUCCUUUAGGGCAUUCCAUUUUUCCUUCUCUGACUUCCAACUCAUCUGUCAUCUGUGAGGGCCAAAAGGUACCAUACCCAGAUGUGACAACUCCUUUCAAAGCAUGAAACAUGUUUCUACUCCCCUUGUUACUAAUUCUGGACACUUUCACCCACAUUUGCACUCCCCCCGGCUUCCACUUCAUUUACCUGUUGGUCUGCAAUUCAGAAUUCUUGUUCCUCUUCAACCAUACUCUUUGGCUGACUGAAAUCUGAUGCCCUUUUAAAUGUGUUGUAGGAGGGGUGAUUAUUGGUUUGUGUUUGUAUUUGUUCUUAUUUUUAUUAUGUAUUUUGUGUUUAUUUUAAGUUGUGAACAGCCCUGAGGUCUGUGGAUGAAGGGUGGUAUACAAAUUUAAUUGAUGAUGUUGCCAUUGAAGUGCAGAUAAAUGUUGGCUUUGGGCAUGGUAAACUAAAUUUGAUAGCCCAGCCUGCCUUACAGAGAUGUUUAAAUACAUUAAUGUAUUCCAAGACAUCACAAGCAGUUAAGGUGGCAAAAACAAGCAACUACUUGUAAAAUUUCAUUUGUCAAAUGCGUUCUGUAUAUCACUAACUAUGAAUUCAAAUCUUAAGUGGAAGCCACCUGGAACCUAUUUGCCCAGAAAAAGUGGAAAACGAAAAUCAGCCUGCUAACCACGGUGUCUCUGUUUUCUUUCCAAACAGGGAAUGACCAAAAUCUACAGCAGGAGACAUCUUAUGCCCCAACUGACAAAGCUGCUUCCUCUGUGAAAAAGAACCAGAUGAAAGAAGUAAGGAGUCAUUUGGGAAUACCUUUUCAACUCUUGGUAACUCAAGUAACAUUGGACUAAUUAAAAGCUGAAAGCACAAGUAGUUGAUAAACCAGCCAUUCCCCAAUGGAUAGUUUUAAUAGUCGCAAAAAGCAAUGGGAUAUUUUGGGCGGUACUCAACUUAAUAAUACUUAAUUAAAUCAUUAAACAAACAAGUUAAAAGUACAGUACAAAAAAUAAAACAUCAGUUGAAACUAUAAAAUAAAACUUAAAUUAAAAUGGCUACUGGGAUUUUUAAAAAGUCUUCAGUAAGUACCAGCACUUCAGUACGGAAGGGGCCUGGCUGACCUCAACUGAGAGUUCCAUGAAAUUGGUCCCACAGUACUAAACACGCUGUUCCUGGUGGAAAUGAGUUGUGCAUUUGAGCCAUGAGUGAUAAGAAACACUUCAGUGAUCAGGCAGGUAUCCUAGAGUUAUCCUCUACCCAAAUUGUUAAGCACCUUGUAAAGUAACACCUGAACCUUGGAACUGGCCCUGUAGUGUAGGACAGCCAUAUAGACUUUUUAGUGCUAGAACUAUCACACAGUGGAAGUCCCCCUCUUCUCUCUAUGCACCUCCCUAAUUCUGAUCCAGAGGGUUGGAGGAACUCCAGAACAGAUGGGGGGGGUAGGAGAGGAGAGAGAGAAGUUCAUUUGUUCCGUGAAAACUUAUUGAACUAACAGAACUACUUAUCUAUUAAUAUUAUGACAAGAGGGGGAACGGAAUGGUAGUCAUUUGUGAUGGUCAGUGAUCUUCCAUUUCCAAUAAAGGUAUUUGUAUUACAAGAUGAAUUUUGGCAGGCACCAUGGCUAUCCAUAUGAAAACUUAUCUCAUGAAAGUGUCAUCCCCCAAAGUUAAACAUAGAUGCCAUUUACAAGAACAAGUUGCAUGACAUUUGUUUUCCAGAAGGUGCCUACUUACUGCAAGCCGUUUUGCAGUGAGAAAAUAACUUUCAGCAUGGGCCCUUAGUAGACUUCUUGAAGAAAUAAGACUUUAGUGCAAGUAUUUAUUUGUGCAACUUUCCCUUCCUCUCCUGCUGAAUACUUCACACUAUCUAUAACAGUGUGUUUGGGACACUCCCAGAACUGGUUAAGUUGGGGGAAAGUGGAGAGGGAGGGGAAGUUCCAUUACACAGCCAGAUGUCCCUGCACUGACAGAAAGAGUGCACUGAAUACUGCCCAACAACAGCAAUCCUAACCUUACUUACCUGGGAGUCAUCACCAUAGAAUUCUGCGGAACUAACUUCUGGGUAAGGCUGCAGUCAGUGUAAUUAAAUGAGUUACUUAAUUUACACAAUGCACUUAGUGGCUUUGGAUUUGAAAGUGAAUUCAAUGAAUUGAUAAUUUCAUCUCCUUCUCUGGUAGGAAGUUUCUGGGUCUGCUAAUGAACGCUCCAGGGGCAGUCUCUCUCUUCAGAUGAUGCCUGCAGUUCCAGAUGUUUCAAAAGCAACAUAUUCCUUUACACUGGCCACUGAUGCAGUAGUGGAAAAAGCAAACACCUUUGAUGUCAACUCCUUAGGAAUAUUUAAGGAAGAACCACAGCCAGAUGUUAUUUCUGAUGAUUGUUGGCCUUCCAUUGAGCAUUGCAACUUUGAACUGAUAGUUUCAGGCAAGAGCCAUUCACACAGCAUUGUGGAUUCAAAGGUUAUUAGUCCUAUAUUUGUGGGAUCAAAUGCAGACUGUGAUAAUGUAGAAUCAAAGUAUCAAAAUUUUACCGACUUAGAGCCCUCUGUCCACGUCACAGGAAGAAAAGAAAAACCCACAGGUGGAGCUUUAUAUCCAUCUCUAAAAGAGCAGCUUGCCCCCACCUUCCAAACUCCAUGUCCUGCUUUGUUCGGAUCCAAGUUGCUUACUGGUACAUCAUUUUCAAGUAAUCCUUUACAUAGUUCAGGGCUUGUGCAGGAGACCAACAGCUCUCCUGGCCACUGCAGCUGUACAGAGAAGAACAUCCACUCUACAAAACCAGGCAAUGAUCAAGGAAAGCUUUCUAAACCUGGAUUUCCUCCUUUCAAAACCCCCUCUACUUUCAUAGCUAGCUCUGGAACACUAUCCAAACCCUACAAAAAACAAAGCUUAGAAGUGAUGAGCAAACAAGCUCACGUGGAAUAUGACGACAUAAGCAGCAGUGAUGAUGAAGACAGGCUGAUUAUAGAAAUAUAGUGACUAGCCCAUCUGCUGUUGAAGAUAAGGCAGGAGUGGGAAACCUUUUCUCAGUCAAAGGGCCACAUUCUCUCCUGGGCAACCUUCCAGGGGCCACAUACUAGUGGUUGGCAGGGCUAGAUGCAAAAGGUAAGUGGAAGCAAAGGCUAAAUGGGCAGAGAAAUGGGUGUACGACUCUCACCUCUGUACAGCAAGCGACAUUCCAGCCAUGCAGAAAUCGGGUUUCUACAUCCACGCCUGUCCUGGCAAGCAAGAAGCAUUAUCUACCCCACCAAAAGGACUUGACAUCAGAGAAUAGGGUUGGCAAUGGAAGUGGCUUGGGGAAGAGUCCUGAAAGCUGGCCUGAAGUCCAAAUUCAGACUCUAGACCUGAGGUUCUCCACCCCUGAUAUAGGGGCAUGAUCAAUAGGAAGUCCAGUAAGGACCAGACCUGCCUUUAUCCUCCACCUUAAGCGCAGGAAAAAAAACAUUCCUGACCUCAAGUUGGGUUUCUUUAGAUGUGUUAAUACUUUUAUAUGAAGCAAGGAAGCAGUUGGUCCCCGCACAGUAAACCAACAUCGCCGUAGCUCCUUGCUUCAAGUUUUGUUGUAAGCUCAAUGCUAUUGGUCAGUCUCUUAUGUUGAUACAAUAGAAGGCAGAGACCAUGUGCAGGUUGAGGGUUGACACUUGAGUGUCACCUACUCUGGAGUUGUUUUCCCUGCUGCUGCUUUUCUGCAAGUUUUUCCAUCUAGACUUUUGCAUGAGGAGAUCUGCACCUUUAAGACAUCCUACAGCUUUUCCAUAUUGCAUAAAUAUUUCCGUGCUCCCUUGUGACAGACAACACAAGCAUGUUUUGCUUUGUGUUUUGUGCCUUCUGAAAUCGAAUUUGAAUAUUUUAUAUCCCCCACUGCUCUGGUAACAUGGCUCACCAGUGUUGAACAUUUCCUGAGGUUUCUGAAAUUGGAAUAUUUUGAGUUGUUUUCUAGGUUCAACAGGGUUGCUGUUCUUUUGUUUAAGCCCCAGGACUUGAAUGUAAAAUACCAAAACACAUUUCCUUCCCCAGUUUUUGUGCUAGUUCAGUCUUUGAACUAGGUGCAACAGCAAAACACACUUCACUGAAGAUUCACCAGCUUCUAUGUACAAAGUCCAAUUGGUCAAAUUGAAUUUUUCUAAACUGAACCCAAUUUUGUUAUAACACUAAUUUGAAGUGAUACCAAUUUUAGAACGCAAUUGCACUAUUGUAUUAUAUUCAGGUUUUAUAUUUAGUAUUUCAUAUGAGUUUUGGAAUACUUUUUGAUGUUAUGUUACAAGGCAAUGAAUCUUUCAUGUGAAACUCAUAACUGCUUGCUCCUUGAUCAAAACAGAAUUUGUAAAAAUGAAACCUUAUGUAGGCCAUCUAUUCCUUGCUGGCCCCAAGUCUGCAUACCUAGGAAAGGCACGCAUUACUGAACAAUAAAAAGCAAAGCAGCACAUCCAUAAGAUAUGUAGGGCUGAAAAUGAUCAAACUUCUUAUUGUUCCUUUCAGCUGUGUAAAUGCAGACUUUUUAUACUUUGCCAAAUUGGUAACCACAUUGUAAGAGCUUUGUAUUGAUUUUUAGCAUACUGAAUGUUGCAGGGUGGAAAAAAGCCUACCAAACCUAAAAAAUAUAUUUUUUUUUACUACUACUUAAGAACUAGUACAGAAUUGCAUAAGCUCUGUUGGAAGGUGUGUAACAGAGAUAUGCAUUAUUGUCUUAGAAACUUUCUAGUAGGUGUUUCUUGGUGGGUUUUACAUAUGCUCUGCAAAUGCCUUUCUAUCUUCAUGAAAUCUUGUGCUUAUUAAAACAUUACCAUAAUUCCAAGUGAAGACUACAGUUAUGGAUGUUGGUAUUUUUUCAGAGUGAC